CCCAGCUCUGUCUCCGGUUGUCACUGGGCGCCAGGUCUCUGCUGCUUUGCAUACCUGCCUCCCUCCCUCCUCCCCUCACCAAACUUGAACUGGGAAGAGCGGCGUCGGGCAGGUUAUAAGGAAGUGUGUGUCUGACAGAGGAGCUGUCAACGGAGGGCCAUGGCUGGUGGGCUAGCUGGCAAGCUGGUAGUAGUCCUUCUACUGUGCCAAUCCGGAAUCAUCACUUCCUCUAAUGGCCUGAGGGUCAUCCCGCUCAAUAAUACUGACUGCUCCCAGGAGGUAAGUACUUUGGGACAGGGUAGGAUAAGGUGUAAUGCGCAUUCGGGGCUUGCUUUGGCCGAGAGUGAUGGGGCGUGGGUCCAUGGAUAGAGUUUGUGUAUCUGUAAUUCCUUUAUUAUAUGCAGACUUAUUUAAUCAGUGUUCUCGUAGAUAACUGGUUAUAGUUUGGAAUGUCACUAAUAUCCCAAUGUAGGGACCCUGAAUUCGGGGAAGGGGGGUAUAAGAUUGGUCACUGUCAUUGACAACAGCACACAUCUAAAACAUUGUAGCAGUUUAGCCUUAACAUUGGUACCCUGUAAACAUUAUAAGUAGAGGGGACUAUUAGAAAAAAUAAACUGAUUUUAUACUGACCAAUACUGAACAAUAAAUCAAAUCUUUCUGCAAUCUUAGUGUAUUGUGUUUGAUAAAAUACCUAUUGUUUUUUAUCCUAUGGCUGAACUUGUCUUGUCGCCUUUCAACUUUGUAACUAUGCAACCAUACAACCUAUUUCUCAACUAUUAACUAGAAGCACAUACAUAUAAAAUAAUAAAACAUAAUAAAAUGGAUAUAAUAAUUAUAACUAAUUAAAACAUUUCACACAUGAGUCUAUCAAAUAACCUAAAGAAGAAUUUUUUAUAUUUGUGCAUGUACAACGGCUAUUAUUAUCCCAAAAAUAUUUACAAGGUAACUAAAGUGAGAACUUAAAGUAGAAUCCGAGGCAAACCCCAAACCCAAGGCCUGUGUAGUGGAACCAAAUGCAAAACUAACUUAGACAUAAUUUCCAGAUCCGCUAGUAUGACCUCAAACCCGAAACACACCACCAACUAACUCUGAACUGCAGCCCCAUAUAAUAUCCUUGUUAAAACUAAAAAACAUACCAUAUAUUAUAACAUUCAUACAUCGCACAAACAUGGGAAAUAAAAGAGGGACGUCAAAUGUAAAAAUCCAGUAUGACUCUCGUUGUCUUAGGGUCUUAAAUCUAUCUGCUCCUUGUUAAGUGGGAAGUAUUUUUCCAAUGCCUUUAACUAUUAAGCCCUUUUAGUUGUCUUGAUAUUGUUGAUGAAAGUGCACGGACACUUGGUGACUAAUAGAUUUAGUCGUUAUUGCGCAAUGUUCCAUAAUCCUAGUAUUUAGCUUUCGGCAAGUUUGCCGAGCACAUUGCUUGCCACAAGGGCAUUCCAGUAGAUUUAUUAAAUACGUUGAGUUAAUAAAAAAAAAAAAAAAUGGAUAUGAAAAUAUAUUUGUAUGAUUGGAAUUUUAUUUAUUCUAUUUCAAUCGUGGUAUGUAUAGGCAAGUAGUGCAUGAUUUCCUCUCACAUCUAUAUAUCCCAGUAAGUUGCAAAAAAACCAAAAUAGAGAUGUCGCGAACUGUCCGCCGAACUGUUCGCGAACUGUCCGCCGGCGAACAAUAACGUGUUAGCGUUGGGCGAACAUAUAAGAUUUCCGGUCCGCCCCCUAUACGUCAUCAUUGAGUAAACUUUGACCCGGAACCUCACAGUCAGCAGAUACUUCCUGGGAGGGAGGGUCUGCUGCUGAUUGGCUGGAAUGUGUCUGCUGGCUGUGAGGUUCCGGGUCAAAGUUUACUCAAUGAUGACGUAUACGGGGCAGACUGGAAAUCGGAUAUGUUCACCCAACGCGAACACGCUAUUGUUCGCCGGCGGACAGUUCGCGACAUCUCUAAACCCAAACAUUUUAUCCUGUUUAUUUCUUAUCCAACUGUGGGCUAUUAUAUUUUUCACAGUUACUUUCUUUCUGAACACUACUCUUGUUUUUUUUUCUUUUGAGUUCACUGGUUAUACUUUAUCGUGUGUUAAUAUUUGCCAAAGGUUUGACAUAAUAUUUUUAAUUUGAGAGCCUAACUCCUUAAGGACACAUGACAUGUGUGACAUGUCACGAUUCCCUUUUAUUCUAGAAGUUUGUUCCUUAAGGGGUUAAAAGGACACUCCAGUCACCAAAACAACUUUAUCUAAAUUAAGUUAUGGCGCCAGGAGAUCCUUAAGGGGUAAACUGUUUUCGAAUGGUCUAACCCUGAAGUAGCCUACAGCAGCUAUCUUCAUCGGGUGUCUCUGAUUGGCUGAGAGCGUCAGCUGACCACUCUCAGCCAAUCAGCGGCUCCCCUGCCCAGCGGCACUCUGUGCUUCCUGUCUGUGAAAUUUCAGGAGCAAGAUGUUGCUUGAGGGGGAAUAAAGAUCACCGCUGGAGGCAACUUUGAAGUUAAACUGUUUGAGAAUGGGUUAACACCAUGAGGUAAGAGUGUCUUAAGGUAUUAUAAUGUUUUUUCCAAAAACCUUGACGUGAGAAUGUAAAAUUCCUCUAUCGGAUCUAGCUUCUUCUCACCCUCAUUUAUUGCCUUUUUGUAAUGUUCCUGAUCCAUUUAGGAAAAUACACUGCUUAAAAAAAUAAAGGGGACACUUAAACAACACAAUGUAACUCCAAGUCAAUCACACUUCUGUGAAAUCAAACUGUCCACUUAGGAAGCAACACUGAGUGACAAUCGAUUUCACAUGCUGUUGUGCAAAUGGGAUAGAAAACAGGUGGAAAUUAUAGGCAAUUAGCAAGACACCCCCAAUAAAGGAGUGGUUCUGCAGGUGGUUACCACAGACCACUUCUCAGUUCCUUUGCUUCCUGGAUGAUGUUUUGGUCACUUUUAAAUGCUGGCGGUGCUUUCACUCUAGUGGUAGCAUGAGACGGAGUCUACAACCCACACAAGUGGCCCAGGUAUUGCAGCUAAUCCAGGAUGGCACAUCAAUGCGAGCUGUGGGAAGAAGGUUUGCUGUGUCUGUCAGCGUAGUGUCCAGAGCAUGGAGGCGAUACCAGGAGACAGGCCAGUACAUCAGGAGGCCGUAGGAGGAGGCCGUAGGAGGGCAACAACCCAGCAGCAGGACCGCUACCUCUGCCUUUGUGCAAGGAAGAACAGGAGGAGCACUGCCAGAGCCCUGCAAAACAACCUCCAGCAGGCCACAAAUGUGCAUGUGUCUGCUCAAAUGGUCAGAAACAGACUCCAUGAGGGUGGUAUGAGGCCCUGAUGUCCACAGGUGGGGGUUGUGCUUACAGCCCCACACCGUGCAGGACAUUUGGCAUUUGCCAGUGAACACAAAGAUUUGCAAAUUCGCCACUGGCGCCCUGUGCUCUUGACAGAUGACAGGUUCACAUUGAGCACAUGUGACAGAGUCUGGAGACGCCGUGGAGAACGUUCUGCUGCCUGCAACAUCCUCCAGCAUGACCGGUUUGGCAGUGGGUCAGUAAUGGUGUGGGGUGGCAUUUCUUUGGGGGGCCGCACAGCCCUCAAUGUGCUCGCCAGAAGUAGCCUGACUGCCAUUAGGUACCGAGAUGAGAUCCUCAGACCCCUUGUGAGACCAUAUGCUGGUGCGGUUGGCCCUAGGUUCCUCCUAAUGCAAGACAAUGCUAGACCUCAUGUGGCUGGAGUGUGUCAGCAGUUCCUGCAAGACGAAGGCAUUGAUGCUAUGGACUGGCCUGCUGGACGUUGCACCACAGACUGUCCAGGAGUUGGCAGAUGCUUUAGUCCAGGUCUGGGAGGAGAUCCCUCAGGAGACCAUCCACCACCUCAUCAGGAGCAUGCACAGGCAUUGUAGGGAGGUCAUACAAGCACGUGGAGGCCACACACACUACUGAGCCUCAUUUUGACUUAUUUUAAAGACAUUACAUCAAAGUUGGAUCAGCCUGUAGUGUGUUUUUCCACUUUAAUUUUGAGUGUGACUCCAAAUCCAGACCUCCAUGGGUCGAAAAAUUUGAUUUCCAUUUUUUUAUUUUUGUGUGAUUUUGUUGUCAGCACAUUUAACUAUGUAAAGAACAAAGUAUUUCAAAAGAAUAUUUAAUUCAUUCAGAUCUAGGAUGUGUUAUUUUUGUGUUCCCUUUAUUUUUUUGAGCAGUGUAUUUUGCUCUACAAAAGAUUAAUUCAUGAUGGCCUUUUAAUUUGGUGAUGAAAUGAAAAAGACUUACAGGAAUUUGUUAUUUAUAUAAUCAUAAAUGAUAUGGGUUUGCAAUUUACCCUCGAGUAGAGUACAAAUGCAAUAGUUUUCUUAAAUAUAUUAUAUUUACCUUCCUGAUCCUCACGCGAGUAGUUUAGUGAUGCCGGGCCCGGAAUGACGUCAUAUUCCGGCACCUGGCAUCACCACAGAUGGCGCGCGUGCAGUUAGGAGCAGGAACAACAGACUGUGCUCCAACGCUGCCCCCAGCUUUCUGCUUCCUCUUCCCCUGGCUUGGUAAAUUUCAGCAGAGUAAGCACCUGCAAUGUGGGAAAAGCAGGUGCCUACUCUGCCUUAACAGUAAUCACCGUUCCGGGGGCACCCCUAGGUGGCCAGCUUUCCACCACUUAGGCCCCCUGUUACACCCAGCUACUUGCCGCGCCCCCGACCUCCUGGACCAGAAUCGACCCUGCCCGUGCCCCAUUAUUGAUGAAGAAUGUCUUUUCCUUUAGUUUGACAUGUUUGUUGUAGCUGAUCAGUGUAUAACAAUAAAAAGAUUUAAAACGUCCCAAUAUUUGUUUUUAUAUUGGUCUUUUUUUUUCUGUUAUCCUCAGUUGCGACAUAUAGGGGAAAUAAAAGUGAAGAUCCAACAUGGUAGCAUGUCAAUACAGGCAAAGAGAGUGAUAAAAAGCAAUUUCUAGCAGUAGAAGCUGUCACCUGAUUAAGUUUUUUCUUAAGUCGUUACAUCUCCUAAAAAGCCUUUUCUGCUUCUAAUAGAUACAUUUCCAACAGCUAUAAAACUAGUUUCUCUCUCCCAUUAUCUGUUGGUUUGAUUAUUAUAUUAUUCUCUAGUUAUAGUAUAUUCUAAAUGUGCUUUAAUAUCUUUCCUUGACAAGUUAUAUCAUUUAUAUUUGCUUAAUUUUAAACUCUCUUUAUAUCACAAUUUUUUUCAAAAGCUACAUUUUUUUCUAAAAUCAUUGUUUUUUGGAUAGAAUGUAGAUUUUUAUUUGAAAUCUGUUUGUAUAAAGUCACAGGGAUACUCCUCCACAAUUACCUCGGUCUAACUGAAAAAAAAUCUUCAGACACAGAUUGCUUCAGAAAUGGCUCAUAUCCACAAAAAGGUCAAAAACCUUAGUGGGUCCACAUUGUAAACUUUGGUUAGAAUAUUUAUAUAAUUACAGUAACAUUUUAAAUCCUAUCUGUAGUUAGAAUCUUACUCUCUUUGCUCCACUUAUAAUUCUUCCUUCCUCUAUUUCUCAUCAAGGUACUAUGCAUUUGUGUCAAUCAAUUUAUUUCUGACCCCUCCGAAAAUCUUCAUUAAAAUCUGGACUAUCUAGCAAUUUGAAAUCUAGUUCUUAUGGGGAUCCGGUUUCUUUCUCCAUUUAUUUGGGUAGUGUUUCUUAAUUGUUUUACCAUGGUCUCUUAAUCUAUCUCCACUCCAUGAUGUAUUGAUCCGAUCAUACUGUUGGUCACGGUGUGUAGACUUCGGUUGCCUAACUUAGGCUGCUGAGUCUCCCAAUCUCUGUGAUAAAAUGAAGUUUUGGAAUUUCUAUAAUGUACAUUUUAAUUAGUUCUAUUGUUGUGGUUUUGUAUAUUAGUUAUCUUUCUUUUGAAGUUUCUUACUUUACCCUUUUUAUAGUCCUCGAAUAUAUCUCAGAUACUUAUUUUUCCUUAUAGAUAGAUAUAGCGCUUAUUUGUUUAAAAUAUCAAUGUUUCUAUACACCAAGUCUUUCUUAUUAGCUUCUAUACAUCCAAGUGAUCCUUUACCUUAUCACCAAUACAAGAUGCAAAACAAGAAGAGGAUGUAGCACUUUAGAUAGUUACAAAAUUAAUUAAUCACCUUUUUAAUUUUAGCAUGGAGGCGAACACACUUAGUUAGGAGGCGGACUUUUCUGAUAUAUUCAAUAUAUUCAAAAACCUAUAAAAAAUAAUUCAACAUAGUAUAUAUCAUAUAAAAAAACAAUAGAAAGGGAGCACACUACAUUAAAUCUCACAUUACCCUUAUUUGUACUCUUUGUUUAAUUAAUUGGUCAAUGGUUUAAUUUCUCCUGCAAUUGACAUAAAAGAAAAAUGCAAAUAGGGUAAUAAAGUUGAGCCUUAAUUUCACUAGAAAUGUAAAAGGUCUCACUCACAUGGUCUUGAGCCACUUUCCUUAAACUGGUUCAGACUACAGGUGUAGAAAGAUAUCUGCUCAUGGCUUCCAAAGUACAAGCUGCUUACUCUCCGUGGUCCCUUGUUGAAAUAAAAUAUUCCAGGAUGCAGGAAAUUGAAUAUAAAGAUUUAUUGGACACACUAAAAAUAAAAGCAAAUUACUUGUACAAAUAUAACUUAAAUCUACAUAUGCAGAUCUGGUGACUGGACGCGUUUCGGCCUGAGCCUUUAUCAAAAGUCUUUCUUCCAGUCCUCAUCUUGACGAUUUAAAUAUCCCGGUUUUGGCGCCUUUUCGGAUCCACUGUGCAAAUAUGACUUCCGGUGCCAGGGCUGCAUCCUACGUCCUGGUGCCCGUUUCAUGCGGCUUCUGGUUUCCUGUCUAGAGUGUUAUGAAUUAAUAAACUUUUUAAAAUAACAAAUAAAAAGAGCAUAAAUUAGCAAAAUCAAUUUUUUGCAAAUUUAUGCUCUUUUUAUUUAUUUUAAAAAGUUUAUUAAUACAUUUUGAAGUUUUAUUCAUUGAUCCUGGUUCCCAGCAUUCCAGUCCAGAACAGAAUGGAGUGCAGUCCCUAAUAUGCACAACACCUUAGAAUUGAGUUAUUACUGUCUGACUCCAGAUUUGUAAGUACCCACUUGGGAUUCUUUAUUUUAUACUAGGAAUGCUACUGGCAAUACUGCGCAAUCAUUUGUAUUUCUCAUCUUCCCUAGGGAAUAAGAUCUAUACCGGCAAUAGGGGUGGGUCGCCUAAACAGACCCGGCGACGAUUCAAACCAGAGCUGGGUCUAUAGCUCUCCGUUUGUGAGUGUAUACACACUAUAAUUGAAAUUGAUUACCUGAUUGUGUAUGAUAUAUACUAUGUUGAAUUAUUUUUUAUAGGUUCUUGUAUAUAUUGAAUAUAUUAGAAAAGUCUGCCUCCUAACUAAGUGUGUUCGCCUCCAUGCUAAAACUAAAAAGGUGAUUAAUGAAUGUUGUAACUAUCUAAAGCGCUACAUCCUCUUCUUGUUUUGCAACUUAUUUUUCCUUGAAUAAUUUCCAUCUCAACUUCAGAAAGCAAGAAAAAGGAGAUUUGUUCAAUAAGGCUAAGCUGUUUCGAAACUUGGAUGUAUUCACUUUGUUAUAUUUAUUUAUUAAUAGAUUUUUUUAUUUUAUUUUAUUUUUUUACUGAUUUAAUUGUUUUGUAUAUUCUGCAUCUACAUUGAAGAAGUUUUUUUGCAGAAAUACGUAUUCCAUAUCUCCUAUACCGUGUCAGUCCUGCUAUUAGGUACUCAGAUACAUGUGAGUUCAACUAAUUGCACAUUAUUUUUAUGGUCUUGUUUUUAAGUUGCGCUAUGAUUAUCGUUUGUUUAUGAUUAUUUAGCUACCUUGCUUUAUGAUAUGAUAGAACACCACAACCUAAAAGGUCCAAAAGUGAUCGACACUUGAGCCAAGUGCAUAGUGGCUCUGCACUAUGUGAGUUCACUCCUUAUCAGUUUAAUCCAAUUAAUAUUUGCACACAGUUGUCUGCACCAAUUUUUUUUUUUACAAUUACCGUUUUUGUAGUUUGUACAUAUUGUGUUGGGUAUUUUUUGCAGUCCACUAUUUAUUUGUGUUGUUUUUGAUAUGUGCAUGUAUAGUGGAUUGAGGUGAGACAUGCAGGUACACUGCCUAUCCUUUUUGCACACAAAUCACCUUUUUUUUUUUUUUUUUUAAUGUAUUAUUAUUAUUAUUAUUAUUAUUAUUAUUAUUAUUAUUAUUAUUAUUUUGCUUGAGAGUCCCCAGCAGUCCAUCCUCUGUGUUGCUUGGGCUAAUGAGGAAGCAUUAUCCUGAGCAGCAAUAGAAAUCAUUGAAUGGAAGAGUUUCAGCUGACCCCUUGCAGCCUGUCGCAGUGCCCAUUGCUGGUAUGGAAGUGUGUAACCUCUGCUUUAGCCAUACCUCCACUCUGGGCCACUGUGUGAGUGGCCAGUGACUAUCAUUCAGUGUUAAACUGCUCAAAAUUGCUUUUAAUGCUCUAUGGGGGAUGACACCAGGGGACUCCAGGUAUUGUUACCAAUGCAAUGAGAUUACAUGGCUAUAGUGUCCAUCCUAGGGGAAAUUAUGCAAGAAUAUGUGUAUAAUAUGCACAUAUUGAAGUGAAGGUAAAACCACCAUUUGACAAACAUUAGUAGAAAAUAUACUCUGAUUAAAUAAGAGACAUAUGAAUUGGCAAACAGAAGUGUGCAGUAGCAAGUAUCGAUGUAAGCUGUGAGUAGAGUUAGUUGCAUAUGAUGGAAAUAGGAAAAUAAGGGACUGUAUGUGCUUUUGGAUUCUGAUGUUGGUAUUGCUCUAAUGUUGGUGUUCCUCUGUGUGUUUGUGUCUCAGCAGAUGCUAUCACUAGACAAAUAUUGAGGAAACAUUUUUGUUUGACCUUUUUAUUUUGUUUUGCAGGGGAUCCAGUGUACAGUGAUGAAAAGUAAGUGAUUGUCUUUCCCCUUCUCGGAUUUAAGCGCAUAUAUUUUGGGGUGGGUGGGCGUAGUACAGUCCAAGCAGAGCAAAUUAAUAAAAGUCUUAACAUUUAGCAUUUUACAUUAUAACAUUAAAGCAAUUAGGAGUAUGUCUCUGAAGAAGUAACAGAGCUACCAUUUAAUCAUGAACAUCUGUUCAUAAGGCAAUAAAAGAAUACGCUUUGGUAAGAAGCGAGAAUGGCAUAAAAGUGAAUGUAGCGCAGAGGUCGGUUACAGGCAAUCAGGAGCCACAACACCCACUGAAUGUUUGCUUAGAGAGUGACAUUUGAAGUCUCCACCCCUACUUGCUUUCCAUGCCAUCCCAUAGCAAAUGGUACUUUUGACAAGACCUUAUUGUUAUUGAUUAGCUUGUGAGUUUGUUUGUUAGAUGUGUUUAGUUAUAGAUUUGAUUAUUAAUGGUCAUCCCUGAAUACUCACUAUGUUCUUAUUUUCUACCAGGCAGCUGUAUGGACAUUAGCUGGAUAAAGCCCUUCAAGUGGACCCCAUCUGCUCCUGAAAGAAUUGACGUCAAUCCAGGAGUGCGAAAAAAUGAACUAGGUCAUCGAGUACCAGUUCUAGAAAUCAAAUGGACAUUGGCCAAAGAUUGUAAGUAAGAAGUUGCUGUUCAAUUGAGCUUACCAUGCAAACCACAAACAUAUGGGGGAAUUUAUAAAAUACUUGCAGGGUUAUUUGCUAAAGUAUGACUAGUCUAGAAUUCAAAGUGAAUUUAAAUUUUUAUUCCAUAAAACAUAGCCGAGAUGGAUAAUUUUUCCAGUUUAGUAAAAAAAUUGAUGUUCGUUGUGAAUUUGCUUCUGGUCACACUUUAGUGAAUAAGUCUGUAAAUGUUCAAAUUAUCUUACAAGGUGUGCUGGUAUAAAUGCAUAUCCUUAGGCAAAAAAUAAUAAUUUUGGGGUGCAUGUAUAAAAGAGUGUCCUUAAGGCAUUAUUACAUAUUCUAGUUUUUAGUGAAGGAAUAAUCUAGGGAUCGACCGAUAUUGAUUUUUUAGAGCCGAUACCGAUAAUCUGCGAACUUUCAGGCCGAUAGCCGAUAUCUUGCCGAUAUUCUGUACAUUUACUAUUUUGAAUAAAUAAACUAAUUUGAAAGGUAAAUGCACAAAAUAUACAUGCCACAUGUAGUGGAUGAAGUGUGUUUAGACAGGGGAACUGUGUGUGUAGUGGAUGCAGAGUGUGUGUUUGUGUAGUGUGUGUAUAAUGAAUGUAGUGUGUAUAUAAUGCAGUGUGUUUAUGUAUUGUGUGUGUGUUUAUGUAUUGUGUGUGUGUGUUUGUGUAGUGUGUGUGUGUGUGUAUGUAAUGCAGUGUGUGUAUGUAAUGCAGUGUGUGUUUGUGUAGUGUGUGUUUGUGUAGUGUGUAUGUAAUGCAGUGUGUGUAUGUAAUGCAGUAUGUGUGCAGUGUGUGUAUGUAAUGCAGUGUGUGUGUCUGUAAUGCAGUGUUUGUGUAGUGUGUGUUUGUGGUGUGUGUAGUGUGUGUAUGUAAUGCAGUGUGUGUAUGUAAUGCAGUGUGUGUGUGUCUGUGUAGUGUGUAUGUAAUGCAGUGUGUGUGUCUGUGUAGUGUGUAUGUAAUGCAGUGUGUGUGUGUAUGUAAUGCAGUAUGUGUUUGUGUGUGUUUGUGUGUUUGUGUAGUGAUGUAAUUUGUGUAAUUUUUUAUUUUAAUUUUUUUUAAAUAUUUAAAUGUUUUUUUUGUUUAGUCCCCCCCUAGUGUGUUUGUGUAGAGUGUGUUUGUGUAGAGUGUAUGUAAUGCAGUGUGUGUCUGUGUAGUGUGUAUGUAAUGCAGUGUGUGUGUGUGUCUGUAGUGUGUGUAUGUAAUGCAGUGUGUGUGUGUCUGUGUAGUGUGUAUGUAAUGCAGUAUGUGUGCAGUGUGUGUUUGUGUGUGUCUGUGUUUGUGUAGUGAUGUAAUUUGUGUAAUUUUUUUUAAUAUUUAAAUGUUUUUUUUGUUUAGUCCCCCCCCUAGUGUGUUUGUGUAGUGUGUGUUUGUGUAGUGUCAGUGGUGUAUCCUGGUUUUGUGCUGCCCUAGGCAGGACAAAACUCAGGCACACCGCGCCACCCCCACCCGCGUAACCGCCACCCAACCUUCUGCUCCGCUUCUAAAUACACACACAUUCACUGACAGAUACGCAUUCACUAGCUAACAGAAACACACAGUCACUAACAGACACACACUCACACACUCACUAACAGACACACACACUCACAGGCAAACACACACACACACUCACAGGCAAACAGACACACACACUAACACUAACAUACAUACACUAACACUAACAUACAUACACUAACACUAACAUACAUACACUAACACUAACAUACAUACACACUAACAUACAUACACACUAACAUACAUACACACUAACACUAACAGACACACACACUAACAUCCACACACUAACAUCCACACACUAACAUCCACACACUAACAUCCACACACUAACAUCCACACACUAACAGACAUCCACACACACUAACAUACACACUAACAGACACAAACACUAACAUACACACUAACAGACACAAACACUAACAUACACACACUAACAGACACACACACUAACAUACACACACUAACAUACACCCACUAACACUAACAUACACACACACACACACACACACUAACACUAACAUACACACACUAACACACACGCACACACUAACAUAGACACACUAACAUACACACACUAACAGACAUUAACACACACACUAACAUACACACACUAACACACACUAACAUACACACUAACACACACACACACUAACAUACACACUAACAUACACACACUAACAUACACACACUAACAUACACACACUAACAUACACACUAACACACACACACACUAACAUACACACUAACAUACACACACUAACAUACAUACACACUAGCAGACAUACACACACUCACUAGUGCUUUUUUUUUUUUUUUUUAUUUAGCCCCAGCCUCCUUACCUUUGGUAAUGCUGGGGGGGGUUCUUCCUCUCCCUGGGCGCUGGGCGGCAGUGGCUGCAGGGCGGGCGAGCGAGGGAGCUCUUCCCCUGAGCGCUCUGCUCAGCUCCCUCGCGCGCCGCCAGCAGAGUGAGGCUGGGAGCCGGGUUGAUGACGUCAUAUUCCGGCUCCCAGACUCACUCUGCUGGCGGCGCGCGAGGGAGCUGAGCAGAGCGCUCAGGGGAAGAGCUCCCUCGCCGCCCGCCCGCCCGCCCAGCGCUGCAGCCACUGCCGCCCAGCGCCCAGAAUGUCUGUUAGCCGCGAGGCUAACAAGACAUUUGCCCUGGGCAUUUGGGGGGCGGCGUUUUUUGCCGCCCCCUGAAAAAUGCCUCCCAAGGCAAAUGCCUUGUUUGCCUCGCGGCUAAUACGCCCCUGUGUAGUGUGUGUGUCUGUGUAGUGCGUAUGUAAUGCAGUAUGUGUGCAGUGUGUGUGUUUGUGUAGUGAUGUAAUUUGUGUAAUUUUUUAUUUUAAUAUUUUUUUUAAUAUUUAAAUGUUUGUUUGUUUUUGUUUAGUCCCCCCUCCCUGCUUCUUAUCAGGGAGGGGGAUAUAGUAUUCCCUGGUGGUCCAGUGGCUUGUUAAGUACAGUGGUGGCUCAGCAGCAGCAAGCGCUGACUUACCUUGCAAGCAGCUCCUACAGCUCCCUGUGUAAAUCUCGCGGCUCUUAGUGCCGCGCGGAGCGUUGCCAUGGUAACCCGUGGCAACGCUCUGCGGCCGCGGGUCUCGCGAGAUUUACACAGGGAGCUGCAUGCAAGGUAAGUCAGCGCUUGCUGCUGGCCCCCACAGGACCGCCGGGCUUGUAAUGGGCCCGGCUGUCCUGUUAUAUAUUAUCGGCAAUAUCGGUAUCUGAAUUGGCCGAUACCGAUAUUGCCGAAAAUACCAAAUAUCGGCCGAUAAUAUCAGCCAGACCGAUAAUAGGUCGAUCCCUAGAAUAAUCCUAAUUUUACUACAUGACAGGAGGCUAUAUAUUUUGCAUUGGUAACACUAUAAUAAUAGCAAAAAAGGUUCUUCUCUGAGCCAAUCUGCCGAACGGAGAAAGUCAAGCAAAGACGCACCAGUCCGAAAAGCGUCCGAGGCUGCCUCUCAUUGAGCCAAAUGAGCACCAAAUGAAAAAUCAAUGGUGGCCAAGGUGAGAAGCCACAGAACACACAGGUCAAGGUUAUAACAGAGUAGGAAGAAUGCAGAGUAGAGUAAAAUGAACAUGGUGCAUGAGUGUCCUAAAAACAUACAGCUUGGAUUUAGACGGAAAUAAAACAGGUUAAAGACGAAAGCCAAACCUGACUUAGCUCUACAUGAGAUGUAGAAGUAUACUCCCUCUGGGUAAAAGGCAAAAUGAUCCACAUCAUGGAUGUCCGAAACUUAACAGAAAGAAACCAGACAUAAGAUUAAAGUGAACUUCACUGACAGUCAGCGAAGAGAGAGGUGAUUGUUAUCUGCCCAAUCUGAAAGAAAGCAAAUAACCGGAGGGACAUCUACAGAUGAGAAUAUUCAAUCCAGGGGGCAAAAGAGAUGAAUAUCCUUCAAAAAUCUAUAAACCAAAGUAUUCUUGCCAAUAGAAACUCCCUGAAUCAAGGCAUUGGAUGCUGAAAUAGCUGAGCGAAUCACGUUGAUGAAAAGAUAAGACUUACCCUCCAAAAACAAUAUGGACAAGAAAACUAACCGGAACAGGGGUCAUAAAGUGAACCAGGUUCCUCUCCAUACACCAUUCACACCAAGAGGCCCAAAUAGAGAGAUAGCAACAUAUGGUACCUUGGGCCCAGGAGUCCCAGAGAAGAUCCCAUGGUAAAGGCAGUUUUGAAUAAAUAGCGGGUGUGGAUUUUAUUGAGGAUUACUAAGAAGAUAUGGAAAAGAUCGGAGUAGUAGAGGAUCUGCAUACAAGAGCUCCAGAAAGUCCUGGAACCCUGCCUGGCUCAGCCACAGUGUAUUCAUCAACACAAUCAAAAUCUGUUAGUUCUGGAUCAGGUGGGAUACCUGAGAUAUCAAGGUGAAUGGGAAGAGGAUCCGUAUGCUCCCCUCUUCAGCUGUCAUUGAAAAUACACAUCUCCCACCAGACACUCCGGAUCUGGUAGGCAAUUGAAGAAACAGUUGGUCAUGUAUGCAAAUGUAUAAAAAUUAAAGUGACCGUUGAGGUAGCUCAGUUGACAGAUUACUGACCUCUCCAACAUCCAGUCGAUGGAAUCCCUUCAAUGAUGGGAGAUCCAGUCCGUGUGAGUUUGGUUUUUCCUGGGAGAUGUUUCGACUGAUCACCCAUGUCAAGUCAGUCAACUGUGCCCCCCCAUUUUUGGUGUAUUGAACAGAGGAAACUGCAGAGACAUAGUCCAUGCAAAGGAAUAUGCAACAGUUCAUGAGGUCCUUCGCCAGGCUGCAAAGGAGAUCUUUUGGCCCCGACCAGGGUCCGCCAGAGCCCAAUGCCUGGGCAGGACAUUCCACAGCCCCAAAGACUGUCAUCUGAUUUCACUAUAAAGUUGGAAUGCAUUCUAAAGAUGGCCUGCAUGCAUAGGAGCAACCAGCGAAGCUCGGCAAAACCAACUGAUCAUAAGACCGUAGACUACGUAGAUAUUUCGCCUUAAACUGCUUCAAACCUCAAUGGACAGGGGCUCAUCUUAAGUAGAUGCCAGGAUUAUAUUGCCAUAAGCAGAAAAACACCAGAGAAACAAGGGGGGUACCAGCUAGAAAAAGUGGACAGAAGCAGAAGGAUGAAGCUUGCACCAAACACGCCUUAUUGGCUAAACCUAAUAAGGUUGUGAAUCAUAGCGACUAAAUGGUCACAUGAUCCUUCGACUAUUAGACAAGGUGACCACUGACAAUCUUGCUACCUGUGCGUGUCUCAAGGUGGUAGUUGCAACAGCACAAAACUGCAAAGCAACAUCUACAGGAGUGAGGAUGACCCAAGAGAAAUCUGUAAGAGCAGAGUAAUGGAGAACCCCCCACCCCCCUCAAUAUUUGUGGUUUGUAGCCUGUGUGUACAAACAUCCAGCUUCUACAAACCAGAGCUUCACACUGUAAAGCUCUGUCAAUACUCUAUCACUGUCAAUUUCCCCCCCUCUCUCUUCUCAGCCCCACUCUCUCACCCUCCAUCACUUCCCAAACCCCCUGCCCACUUAACACACUAUAUUAUCUAUAUAAUAUCUUCCUCUCUCUUCUUUCACUCCACUCUGUCAUUUAGAUGACUUUCUAACACAUCCUUCCACUGUACAUAGUUAAAUACACAGUUACCCUAUCCUCCACUUCUCACAACCCAACCCAGAGGCACGCUGGAGAGCCCAGUCACAGCGGGCUACAAGCAAAUACCGACACCGAACGUAGCCCAUUUCCUCAUAUUGCUGUGUGCUUCACCCCUAAUGGGACCUACACCCUACUCUCUCCAGUUUCUCAACAGAUGUACGACACUUACAGUUUACAAAGGCGUUAAGAUAGCAGACAAGACCACCCCAAGCAGCAACUAAAUCUUCAACACCGUAAGAUCUCAACUGCAACACAAGACUCUGAGCAACCAAACUGGUUGCCUCCUUCUACUACACUUUAGAUGCGACCUGGUAAAGCUACCGGGGAACAGAAAGAUUAAAAGGCUUUGUUAUCAACCUGUUUUGACAUAUACAUAUGUCUAUACAUAACCUAUACAUGUCGUAUAUAACAUAUACAAGAUGUUUCAAUUUAGUUUAUUGCAAGCUAUCCAGUGUCACAGUAUGUCACAUUAUGGUUUUUAUUUUUUUGUAAAUUGCAAAAUAAAACCUUUAAAAAAAAAAACACACUGUCAAUACUCAUGUAUUGACAGACAUCAAGGAGUUUGAACCAAAUACAAUCUUUUAUCACCGUCUCCAACUUACAACAACUGCCCUGCUCCUAACAGAUCACAUGACUAAAACAUAAGCUGUUUCCUAGCACACAUAAUACAUAAACAUGUCUAAUGAACCUAAAACCCAAUAGUUCAGUAGACCUAGGUACACAUUGUGUCCUGAUGAUUGUACUUUCCAAAUAAUGGAGUUGGCUGUGUCAGUUUGAUCAUUGGCCUCUGGAUUAUCAGGGCUAGCUGGUUUGUAUGUGACUCCACCAGUUGUAGAAGAUAUUGUUUUUUGCACAAUGUACUCCAGUGGCUUGGGGUCAGUUUCCACACCUACCAGAUGACCAUAAAUAUACUUUUGAAAAUUGUCACACCCUGUCACUAUGGCCAGCAUCCUUUUACAUUUGAGCGUAAUUGGCUUUUGUCAUUGUCACAGCUUGUGAAGCAUGCGCCACAGGAUAUCCCUUUUGAGUCCGUAUUGCACCUAACCCAAAUUGGGAUGCAACAACUUGUUCACAUCCAAAUAUUGAUGUUUUGGUCCAAGUUGUUUCUCUCUUUUUUUAUUUUUUUUUUAUUUCUUUUUUACUAUCUCAAAUGUUUGUUUUUUUCCAUAUUUGCAUCCCAAGACCAAAUAGCAUCCCUCUGUAGCAGUACAGGGAGUGCAGAAUUAUUAGGCAAGUUGUAUUUUUGAGGAUUAAUUUUAUUAUUGAACAACAACCAUGUUCUCAAUGAACCCAAAAAACUCAUUAAUAUCAAAGCUGAAUAUUUUUGGAAGUAGUUUUUAGUUUGUUUUUAGUUUUAGCUAUGUUAGGGGGAUAUCUGUGUGUGCAGGUGACUAUUACUGUGCAUAAUUAUUAGGCAACUUAACAAAAAACAAAUAUAUACCCAUUUCAAUUAUUUAUUAUUACCAGUGAAACCAAUAUAACAUCUCAACAUUCACAAAUAUACAUUUCUGACAUUCAAAAACAAAACAAAAACAAAUCAGUGACCAAUAUAGCCACCUUUCUUUGCAAGGACACUCAAAAGCCUGCCAUCCAUGGAUUCUGUCAGUGUUUUGAUCUGUUCACCAUCAACAUUGCGUGCAGCAGCAACUACAGCCUCCCAGACACUGUUCAGAGAGGUGUACUGUUUUCCCUCCUUGUAAAUCUCACAUUUGAUGAUGGACCACAGGUUCUCAAUGGGGUUCAGAUCAGGUGAACAAGGAGGCCAUGUCAUUAGAUUUUCUUCUUUUAUACCCUUUCUUGCCAGCCACGCUGUGGAGUACUUGGACGCGUGUGAUGGAGCAUUGUCCUGCAUGAAAAUCAUGUUUUUCUUGAAGGAUGCAGACUUCUUGCUGUACCACUGCUUGAAGAAGGUGUCUUCCAGGAACUGGCAGUAGGACUGGGAGUUGAGCUUGACUCCAUCCUCAACCCGAAAAGGCCCCACAAGCUCAUCUUUGAUGAUACCAGCCCAAACCAGUACUCCACCUCCACCUUGCUGGCGUCUGAGUCGGACUGGAGCUCUCUGCCCUUUACCAAUCCAGCCACGGGCCCAUCCAUCUGGCCCAUCAAGACUCACUCUCAUUUCAUCAGUCCAUAAAACCUUAGAAAAAUCAGUCUUGAGAUAUUUCUUGGCCCAGUCUUGACGUUUCAGCUUGUGUGUCUUGUUCAGUGGUGGUCGUCUUUCAGCCUUUCUUACCUUGGCCAUGUCUCUGAGUAUUGCACACCUUGUGCUUUUGGGCACUCCAGUGAUGUUGCAGCUCUGAAAUAUGGCCAAACUGGUGGCAAGUGGCAUCGUGGCAGCUGCACGCUUGACUUUUCUCAGUUCAUGGGCAGUUAUUUUGCGCCUUGGUUUUUCCACACGCUUCUUGCGACCCUGUUGACUAUUUUGAAUGAAACGCUUGAUUGUUCGAUGAUCACGCUUCAGAAGCUUUGCAAUUUUAAGAGUGCUGCAUCCCUCUGCAAGAUAUCUCACUAUUUUUGACUUUUCUGAGCCUGUCAAGUCCUUCUUUUGACCCAUUUUGCCAAAGGAAAGGAAGUUGCCUAAUAAUUAUGCACACCUGAUAUAGGGUGUUGAUGUCAUUAGACCACACCCCUUCUCAUUACAGAGAUGCACAUCACCUAAUAUGCUUAAUUGGUAGUAGGCUUUCGAGCCUAUACAGCUUGGAGUAAGACAACAUGCAUAAAGAGGAUGAUGUGGUCAAAAUACUCAUUUGCCUAAUAAUUCUGCACUCCCUGUAGUUGUGCUAUCUACUGACAAAGCCCAGAGAGUACUUGAAUAGAUAGCUGACAUUAUUUUCUAUGAAUCCGGUUUCAAACCCGCAUUGGUAAUUAGGCGUCCAAAAUGUGUGACGACUUCUACCCCAGUUUGCAUUUGUUUUGAUUGAGUUUAAGAUUUUUCUCAUGACACUGAGUAAGGCAAUUAUGUGUCUGUUGUGAUCAAUAUGUUAUCAGUUAGCACAUCAACACCAAGCAAACCAUCGAUUCAUGUAUUUUGAAAUAUGGGGGCUGGGGGAGGGGACACUAGGUCCACCCCUCUUGUUAUAAAUAUUCGGGUCCCCGCAUGCCAGCAUGGGAGAAGUUUAUGAGGGGCUCUUCUGAUUUGAAGAAUCCCACACCUGAUGUCUGGGACUACAUAUGUUAGUUUAGUUAAUCUAGUUGACUAGUUAAUACUUGCGCUGCUGAGGGUUUUCAACUAUUUGCCACAAGCUGCUAGCAAUUUAAGUGGGCAAAUAGUUCUUCAAAUGAUCAGGUCAGUUGCAAAAAGCGAAUUAAUGAUAAUUUGCAAAUGUGCAUCCUACCAGAUACAUUAGGUUUUUCUUCGGUAACCAUACAGUGGUUGAUAAAUUUCCGAUUCCGGUGCUGUAGAGUGGUUCAGAUGCUGAUAUUCGUGAUUUUCUGACCUCAUCUGUGCCAAUGUUACAGAAUCAGUCGGAUCAACCGAACACGGACGCAUUUGGCUUCAGUAAAUCAGAGAAUUACAACAUACUGGAAUUCACUUGUUUUCACUGGAUUUUGUCCAUUCUGACAAUAUCCAGUGUUUAGUGAAUAACCCUGUUUAUGUGACAACGACCCAUCACUUUUAGCUUUAUACCAGCAUAUCCAAUCAGUUUUGAUAGGUGUUGAGUCUCUAAGAGGGACUAAUUCUUGAGAAGUCUUCAGUACAUUUACUUGUGUUCCUGUAUCUAUUUUAAAUGUGGCUAGAGUUUUGGAGUCACCGGCUAUUGUGUUACGUAUUCUUCAUCUGCAGUAUGAUGUGUCUAUUGCAUUGCUGCAAGAUAUAUUGGGGUGCAGUCUGACUCUGACCCUGCAUUGCCAUCAUUGUCCUGUAUGGCAUUGACCGUGUUUGUCCUUGCUCUGUGUGAAGCCAGUUUACACAAUGUGUCAUCUUUUCUUGCAGAUUUGCCACCCUGCAUGCUGCGUGUGUGUUCACACUUGACUUUUGUCUCCUCACGUCCUCUUUCUUGCCAGUAUCUGCUGGUUUUACUUUCUCUAGCAUUGACUUGAUGGUGUGUUCUUCUUUCAUGACAUUUUUGUAUGAUCUAGAAACCCUGAUGGCUCUCUCAUGAUUUAAAUCCUCCAUCAGCGAACUUCUUCCUUCCCAUGAGAAUACGGUCUUUGGCGAGCAAAUGCAGUUUUGACAUCUGUUCAUCCACAGUUUUACUUCCACACUAGUUCCAGUCGUAAAACACAUUCCUUUGCAUGUGGAGUCUUUUCCUCUGGUUGCAAUACGCCUCAAACUUUGCGAACAGUAGUGCUGCUGCUUUCUGAUGAUCAGUCCACAUAUUAACAGCCUGCAAACACAGAUCACUCCCCUCCAUUUUGUUAGUUUUCAGAGUUGCUCCUUGGAUCUAAGUCCAGGGAUGGAAUGCUCUUAGCACUGCUAUUUGUUGCCAUAUCUCUUUCCACCCCACUUCUGGUACCAUGUGAAGUAUUAACAGACAUCAGAUAGCUUGAACAACCUUUAAUCUGCUUCUCAACUCAUCCCUUUCAGAUCACAUGACUAAAACAUUAACGGUUUCCUAGUACAAAAAGUUAGGCGAACAUGUCUACUGAACUUAAAGGCACGCUAUAGGCACCCAGACCACUUCAGUUCAUUGAAGUGGUCUGGGUGCACUGUCCCAGGUCCGUUAACCCUAGACCGGUAAUUAUUGCAGUUUUUAAUAAACUGCAAUAAUUACCUGCUAGGGUUAACUCCACCUUUAGUGGCUGUCUACCACACAGCCAUUAUACGGACUUGCGGGCUGUUAGAUGACUUUUGCUUAAUGCCUAACUGACACAGGAUGUCCUCCCGUUAUGCAUGGGGACGUCCAGUGUCCAGGGCCGUCUUUAAUAUUGAUUGGACCCUGGGCAAGCAUCUGUUUGGGCCCCCUGGGCAUGCAAUCACUCCCUCCACCCCAACCUAGAGGCAAAACUAAUGUAGAGAGUGCCUUGAUGCAACAAAAAAAAAUUCAGGCCUGCCCUGUAGCACAAGAGUAAAGAAAAGAUAGAUCCCCAUCUGUCAUACAACUCCUGCGAUGCUAUGCCAGCUGGGGAUCUACCAUCCUUGCAGGGUUGAAUUUUUGAGCAGUGUUUGUGCAAAUGAAUGUCAGCAUGUUAUUGUAUAGAGUGUAUGUGUGCAUGUAGGAGUGUAUUUGUAUGUACUGUUACCAUUGGAAUGCAGUGGUGUACUUAUGGGUAGUGUUUGCAUUUUAAUGCAGGGAUGUGUGAUUGUUUGUAGUGUUGGCUUUUAAAUGCAGGUGUACUUUUGUGUGUAGAGUUGGUGUUUGUAUAUAAUUUUAGCGUUUUAAUACAGGAAUGUGUUUGCAUGUAAUGUUUGUAUUUGCAUGCAGGGGGUGUUUGGAUGUAGUGUUGUCUUUUAAAUACAUGUGUACAUUUGUGUGUAGUAUUAGUGUUUCAGCAAACUGGUGUGUUUGUAAUGUUUGUGUUUGCAGGGGUCUGUGCAUGUUGUGUGAUUUCUAUAACACAUAUACACAUACACAUUAACACGCAGAUACACACAUGCUCACACUGACACAUGCUCACACGUUGACACAUACUGGCACAUACACACACACUCAGAUACACACCCUUUGACACACAGAUACAAGCACUUUGAUAUACACACACUGGCACAUACACACACACUGACACAGGUAUAUACACACACACUCAGAUACACACAUACAUAAAGGUAUAAAUGCAGGGGUGUAUAUGUGUACAGUGCUAGAGAUGGAAUGUAGGAGUGUAUUUGUGUUGGCAUUAAAAUGCUGGGAUGUAUGCAUUACCACACACUCAGAUGCACACUUACACACACACACCGAAACACACACACAGGUGCACAUACAGGUGUAUGAGGUAUACAUACACACAGAAACAUUGACACACAGACAAACACAGCCAGAUACACACAAUGACAUAAACACAGCCAGAUACACACAUAUAUAUGUGUACAUUUACAUAUUUUAAUCUCUGCCUUCUAGCAGCUCUUGGACAGCAACUCCCAGCAACCUUGGCCAAUAUAAUGUCUCAACUCUGUUCUUACAUACCCAUGUCCAGAAUUUGGCAAAAGUGACAUUUGGAAAUGGUGUACAGCCUUUGAUAACACUUGAUGCAAUAAUAUGUUAAAAUAAAUACUUUUUAAAUUUAUAUUUAAUAGGGAACUGUCAGGUUCUUCUAGGAUUUUUAACAUGUACUUAUUCCCUGUGUGUUACAUUACAAACACCAACACACUUAAAUAAAAGUGAUAUCAGAAAUUAGCAAAACAAAAAACAAAACAUAUUUAGCCACCCUCCUGUCUCCUUACCUUUUGGGUACAGAAAGGUGGCUUCCCUGGGGUCCAGUGAGAGCUUGUUGGCCCAGGCUGAUGGGAGUCUGCCAUCAGCUUUCUCAGUCCCUCUCCCCCACAAUGCUUGCAUCCUCCUCCGUGUGGUGUGUGCCUCCUCCCCAGCGGCACUGAGGAGGAAGUGAUCUGACCUCACUGCCUCCCAGCAUGCCCAGGAAACAAAGAGACUCACAGGGCAGUAUGUGAGGGGGCUAGCUGUGAGUAUGUAGUCAGCCACCCCCCAUAUAACAGGGGACCGGGCCGGUCCAGAGCAGUAUUAAAGGGCUGUGGCCCCUGAUUACCGCAGGGGGGCCAUGGGGCAGCUGCCUUAGGGCCCCCAGGAGUAACUGGGCCCGGGGCAGCUGCCCCUUUUGCCCCUCCUUAAAGACGGCCCUGCCAGUGUCACUGAAAGCCCCAUAAGAAAGCAUUGAAUAAUGCUUUCCUGUGGGGAAAUCCUAAUGCGCGUUAGGUCUCUCCCGCUGGCUGAUGUCAGCGGGGGAGGAGAGAAGGCGGACCCAAGCCAGUGCCAAGGAACAUAGUCACUGGAACCAGGUAAGUGACAGAAGGGGUUUUUAACCUGUUCUGCACCAUGGGGGGAGGGGAGUACUUAUCAGAGGGAGAAGCUAUAGGGUCAGAAAAAUGAGUUUGUUUUCCUGGCAGUAUAGUUUCCCUUAAAAGCAUAACAUAACACAUACGCAUCAUCACACUGCUGGUUAGCAGACUGGAACACAUCCUGCUUCCCACCCACACAAGGGGUUGAUAAGUAUUUCUGGUAUCCAAGUUAUUUUAACUCAGAAUAUGGGAAUAUUUAUCUUUUUAAAGAAUUGCAUCUCAAUAGGUAGUGUAUUUGGUGGAAUUGACUGUUCAUUGCUUUUAUUAGGAUACUUAUAUUUUGUACAUUUAGAUUAAAGCAGUGUUAUACUUUACUUUCUUUUAAACUGUAUUUCAAAUGGUUAAAUGUAUUAUUUCCUACCUAGUAAGGUAGUAGAAGGUGUUAAAGAUGAUGAAAGCCCCUAAAAAUCUUUCAUUGUAGACCUGUGAUUUCUGUUUUCGUAUAGUAAGUUUUAUAUUCUUGGAUAGGGUAAUUGUAAAGGACAUUUAGAUAGGAGGUUGCUGGAGAUAGUAACUUUAGCGAUGUUGAUCCUUCUCUUUUUUUUUUUUUUUUCACAGCCAGUAUUUUGGAUCUACAGGGCGUGGAGCUGUCUAUUGUUCAACCCAGCACCAACCAGCAGACCUGUGUCCAGUUUCAUUUUGGAAAUCAGUUCCCAAGUCAAGUCAGCCCACGAGGAGAAGCGGUAAGCAAUAACUCUUCAGUGAUCGAGGCUUUCCAAGAUUUAAUGUAUUUGGAAUUGAGGCCAUUUUUCUUUUUCUUUUUUUUAAACUCUUUAUUUUUCAUUGACAAGCAUGACAGAAAUAGGCAGGUGAAUUGGAUGCUUACGCAGAAGCUCCGUGUAUAUUAUUGCAUUAGUUUUAGUACCAUUUCAUUCUGUAGACACAGUUUACAGAGGAGUGGACUAGAAAAAGCAGAACUCUGCCCCUGUAUUUUGAAGUUCGGUUCCAGCUGUCAAACAUUUUAAAUAUAAAAACUGAAACAAUAAAAGUAAAACAAUACAUAUAUAAGUAACUAAAAAACAAAACAGUCAGCUAUAGGAGUUUAGACUACCAAUAUAAGGAGUAGGAGGGCGAAGGCCAUAUCAUUGUCUUAAUGGAUUGUUCUUGGAGUCUCACACUAAUCGAUACCUUAUUGGCUGCUUCCCAUAUUUCCUGCCAUACACCACUCUUCUGUAUCUCUCCCAACUCAGCUUCCCAUUGGUCCGUGUAGGUCAGUUGCCCCAGUCAGUGGAUUCCGAACUGAUCGAGUUGUAUAUGGUGGUAAUCAGGCCCUUACUUCCCGUUUCACUGUCACAUAGGAUCUCAAAAAAGGUUGGAGCACGCUUUGUCACCUCCUGCACUUUGCCUUGCUUCGCAAAGUCUUGUAAUUGCAUGUAUCUGAAAAAGUCCCUGCGGGCCAGGGGAUGGUGCAGUGAGAGUUCGUCGAAGGAAACAAACAAGUGGUUUGGAUAUAUAGGCCAGCGAAAUCCCUAACGUGCAUGCCAGGCAGAAAGGCCCUAUUCCUGAGGAAGGAGGUCAUAGGAGAUGGAUCUGAGAUCAGUGCCAGAGUCUUUUUGACUCUGUCCCAGAGAGUAAUGGAUGCCAGAAUGGCCGGGCAGUCUGUUCUGGGGAGGGGCCUGUGCUGCCUGUCUGUCCAAAUAUAAGAUUGUGGGAGGUCAGCCACCAUCAUGCCUGACUUCAGUUCGACCCAUCCUCUCUCGUCAGGGGGUGAGUGCCAUAAUACAAUCUGGGCCAGUUGAGCACCUAUGUAAUACAUAUAUAGGUUGGGUAAGCCUAAAGUCCCCCAGAGCUUUUGGCCAGUAGAUAACGCGUCUGGAGGUGUUUUGUCCCUUUCGCUAUAGGAAUGCCCUUGAUCUCUGGGUGUUCAAUGAUGAGGUGGAGUAGUGGCUCUAGCGCAAAAAGCAAGGGGGAAAGGGGUCCCAUUUGACAGGCUGAAUGGGGUUGGGAUUGCUCCAGGUACUAGAACCUGUGCCUUAGGAGUUGUGCACAGUGCCCUAAUGGCUCCUGUGAACUCAUACGGGAACCUCCAGAUUUCCAAUAGUCCAAACAGGUAUGGCCACAACACUCGGUUGAACUCCUUCUCUGCUUCUAGUGAGUAAUUAAGUUAGCCCAUUGUGUUUGUUAAUAGUAUCACAGGCUUAGGGGAGGGUUUAUGUACAUUAGCUGGGAGUGUUUAACUGUACAAAUCUGUCCUGAUUGGUUUUGUAACUUUGUAUCCUGUGUGCCACAAGGUCCAUGUGGGUGGUAAACUUUUGGGAACUAUAUAAGAGACCAUAAACCCUCAGACUGCUGAGUUCCUGUUUUACCCUCAACAUAGAGUCUCGUCUCAUGUGUGGGGGAAAAGGCUGUAUCUACACUGGGGAUUUCUAUAUGCUGUAUACUCCCCUGGCUAUAAUCACUAAGCUCUUUUAAGAGCUUGUUCCUGCUUCGCUCUCUGAAGGAAGAGAGGUUCACCCACUGGAGCCUGGAGCCCUGUCGUAGGUCCGGGGUGGGUAGGAGACGGCGAGAUCCUAACCAAGCUGGAGGGGUCUUCAAUGCUUAUGGUGUCAACUGGAGUGCUUGGAGCCCUCUGGAAGCACUAGGAGCAUCCAUCAACGGAGGUACCCAGUUGGGGUGCCAGGUGAUCCGUUACACAUGUCUAUACGGGAAUAGCUGUCAUGGGGUGCAGAAUAAAAUGUGUAGUUCCGGGGUGCUUGAGUCUGCAUGCACCCAGCAGACCCGAAUCCCGCAAAAACUAUGUAAUAUCUUAUCCUGACCCCCCCACCCCCAGAUCUGUGUGGAUGUUGGAGCCCUGGUCUGGUCCUUCUGUCGAUCCCAGGACAUGGUGCUGCAUUAAAGUCCCCUCCCAUGAGGAGGAAGUUGAGUUAUGUGUCCUAGACUGUAUCAAGCGGAGGAGUGACUUGAAAAACUAAGGGUUGUAUCGGUUUGGUGCAUAAAUGUUAAGGAGGUGGUACGUGCGACGGGCAAUGAUGCCGGCAAGGAGAAUAUACCUUCCGUCCUGUCCUUGAAUACAAUUAGACAACACUAGGGGGCAAGUUUUUCACAAUAGAAUCGCUACACCAUUUUGUUUUCAUAAGGAGCCAGAGAGGUAGGCCCUGUCAAAGCUAUGAUCAGUUAGUUUCAGAUGGGAGGAGUUAGGGAUGUGUUACUUGUAUGAAGGCUAUAUCCGCCCUUUGCCUUUUCACUUCCCUAAGUAGGAGCCUACGCUUUUGGGUGUUAUUCAAACCUUUGGCAUUAAGUGAGAGAAUUUUCAGUGUCCUCGGUUGGGUCAUAAGGGUAUGACAGUCUGAGCAAGUGAGCCCUUGUGCCUAGGGUACAGAUCACCAUGGUGGGUCCACUUGGGCAGAGGGGUGUGUAUGCCUGCAAGGCUCCGCUCUGGCUCUUUCGAUGGCACGCUAGGCGGUGUCCCACUAUUUACUCCUUGAAAGCUGGGGUAAUAACCAAAAUUAUUUCACCUUAAUACACUGCCUAUACUGGUCAAUCUGCACUUUUGUGUUGGGGGUUAGUUACACCCCCAGCACACUUGUUUUAGGCAGUCCAGAACUCUGUUGUAGGUUGCCUAAUGUCAACUUGUGCAUAUUUUAUAUCUCUCAUCAGUGCGCACAGCAGGCUGAUGACUGAAGUAAAGAACUUCUCCCUUAUAGGCAGUGCACUUGCAAGGAGAAGCUAUCUCUCCCCUCCUGAUCUGGGUGUGCUGCCUUCCACCCUGGCCAAAAUAGAGUUUUUUUUGUUUUGUUUUAAACCCUCCCUCCCCUUGCUGGCCCAGAGAUGACGUGGCUGUCCUGACAUCACAAAGAAGCUAGGAAACACUUCACCUGUAGCUAUGCCCAAUGCUGGAUUCCAGGUAAGUUAUAACUUUGUUUUAUAUCUAAUUUUUAGUUGGGGUGGGAUCUAAAGUAUAAUGCCUAAUAGAGCAUUAUACUUAACAAACAGCGAUAUGAAGAAAAAGGUUUGCGUAACCCUUUAAUCACACUGGCUCCAGAACAGCUGAGCACUUACUGCAGUUCUGUAAUGAUUUCAAUGAAUGAUUUAUGUCAUAAAUGAAGCAUAAUAAUGUUAAUAUGUUAAAGCAACCACUAGGGGUAGUAUGUAGGAUUCAGUUUCCUUUCAAAUAAUUUGUAUUGAAUUUUAAAAUGUAUAACAAUUGACAGAAAUAAAAAAAAACCUUUUUUUUUUUUUUUUACUGAAAUAGAUUACAAUAUGGGGGAAAUAAAUAUAUAUAUAUACACACAAACCCCAGCUACCGCAGCUUGAGGCUGUGCUCCGAAACCAAUUCACAGAGGUAGAAAAAUAGACAGCGGAUAACAAACUUUUCCUAAACACUGACAAAACAGUUACAUUGAUCUUUGAAACCUUACCUAAAUUAUGUAAACUACAAAAUCAACAACUGUGUAUCAAAACAAAUUCAAUUAGCACCUGACAGCAGUCUGCUCUUUUAAAUAUCUAGGUAUGUUGCUAGACCCAAAUCUAUCCUUUGGCCUUCACAUUGAAAAAAUCUCUUCAAACUUUACCCAAAACUAGGUGCCCUGUUCAGAAACACAUCCUGCCUAAGCCCUACUGUAAGGAAACAGUGCAACAAAUGGUAAUGCCGGUCAUUGAUUGUGGGGAUGUAGUGUAUGCACCCGCACCACAAACCCACCUUAAUAAAACUUAAUACGUUAUAUAAUUCGUUCUGCCGCUUUGUCCUAGAAUGUAAUUACUUUACCCACCACUGUGAUAUUUUAAAAGAGCUAAACUGGCUGUCUCUGGAAUCCCAAUACACUCUUCAGGCUCCAGCCUUGUGCAUAAGAGCAUUUCUAGGAAGCUCCAACCCUACCUGAGUAGAAUGCUCUCCCCAGCUGUUCCCACCUCAUAUAACCUCCGAUCCAGUACUAGCACGAAAUUUAACAUACCGCAAAACAAAAAGAAAGUGUCUCGAUCCUCCUUUUCCUACAGAGCAAUUAUGGAAUAACCUCAGGGACACAGUUAAAUCUUCAUUCAAUCUAAAAUCUUUUAAGAGAUAUGUGGCAAUAUACCUCAGCACAAAAUACACCUGUCAUGGUUAAUUAUAUUUACCUGUUAUGUAUUAAGUGUGCAACAUAUCACUAUAUCCAUCCUGGUAAAUUUAUUUAUAAACAAAUAAAUAAGUAUAGAAAAAAUAACAAUAUAUACAUCAAUAUUCUACAUAUAUUUAUAGUUAAAACAUAAAAGAUGAUAUGAAUCAUCAUCAAAACGUAUACAUAUAGAAGAUGACCAUGAAAAGAAAAAAUGUAGAAUAAUAACAAUAAUUAAAAACUAAUAAAAUUUAAAAAAAUUCAUUUUCCAUGGUUUUGUUAUGCCAUGUGCUUCUGGCAAUGACAUCGGAGGUCAGCUUACUUCCAUAAAACAUUCCACUUGGAAUAAAACACAUAGAUGAUAGAUAUUUUUUCUCUUGACUGUUUGCAGCGUGUAGACCAUCAUCUCUCUCUCUCCUUAGCCCAAGCCAAGCGCUGGGGACAUUUAUAAGUUAUAUGUUUUAGUUUGUUUAUUUUCUGUAUUGUAUUCUACUGUAAUAUAUUGUUACUGCUUGCAUUUGUUAUAGCCUGUUACUUGUUCUAAUUUACUGUAGUAAAUUGACAUUUAAUAUUCUGUUUGGUGUAUUUUCUAUCCACAAAUUCAACCACAAUAUAAAGAAACAUUACAAAAAAUAAUGUUUUAACUUAUUACUCAACUAUUGUCUAGUAAUUAAAAGAUUAAGAUUUAAGCCUUGCCCACAACAAGCUCAAUGUGGGUAUUUAUAUGGUGGGGCUGUGCACAAGCAGUCAUGCAACAUGGACAAACUUCGGCAUCAACUAUGUAUGCAUUGGUAGAAAUAAGUACAGUUGCAUAGCUUCUCUGUUUUAUGAGAAUGAGGCCUAUGUUGCAACAAUGUACUCCGUGCCAGUAAGGGAUUUGGAGUUGGUGUCAAUAGACACUAGAGGAACAGGUUAAUAAUUCGGGAACUCCAAGUGGCCUGAAAUCGAAACUCCACUACCUAAAUAAAAUUUUAAAUAUUACAAUUUAAUAGUAGGUUUAUAACAGGCAGUUCGACAAUUUCAGUUUAAACAAUAAGGCAUUCCUCUUCUCUUCCAUUACAGUGGCAAUUUGUCUUCAAUAACUUUGAAGUGGAGCGUAGCCAGACAUACCAUGUGACUGUCCAGAAUCUACCUCGACAGAAUAAUGCCAACAGCAAAGAACAAAGUAUUUAUAUUACAGGUAAGUUACUGACAUAAUGUCCUGUAUCCCUAAUACCAUAAAUAUAUUUCUGCCAUGUCCAUGCUCCUUAAUAUGAAGAAUAUAUUUUGCAGAUUGUGAAAUCAUGGCUUAAUGAAUGGUCCUUGCUUAUGUUUUCUUAUUUGCGUUCUAUAAAGAAUGUACCUUCUAUCUUUAGAAUGCAUUGGAGAAGGAUUGGGGCUCACAGACAUUUGUUGCAAGUCAGGUAAGUUUUCUUUUAAAUAUUUUUCUUAAAGCUUUGGACUCUACCUUUAAGUGACCUUGCCUUGAAAUAAACUAAAUCGUACUGUACAUCAAAAUGACACUUCAAGCACCAUGAUCACUGGAGCCUAUUGAGGUGGUUGUGGUGCUAGGAUUCUUUGGGAAAUAUCAACUUUUAAAAAAUUUUUUUAAAUCAAACAGUUUUCAAGUAGUUUGACAAAAAAAUAAUGGCGCAUUCCCUUCUGCAUUAUCCAUCCAAAGUCCACAGCCUACUAUUGCCUUUCAGACUUUGACAGAAUUGCACAAAUAUUCCAGAUGUUACAGAUGUGACAAUUCCAUAUUAUCACAUAGGUGUCUUCAGGUGACUGCCAUAGUACUGAUGUUAAGCAAACUGUUUGAAAACAUUUUGACAUUUACUUGUAUCAGACUCAUUGCACCAUAGACACAUACCAUAGUAGUGGUUUUAGUGCUUAGCAUAUACUUUGCAAUCUCAUUGUGAACACAGGGGCAAUAUAAAUACUCCUUGUCAAAAGCCUCAAUAAAACAGUUUAAACAUUAAACUGUGGUCACAUUUUAAACAUGUAUUUAUGUAAACUUAUGUUCUAAGAAAUCUUAAUGUCACAAAAGUGCUUCACCGCAUGAACUUGAUCUCUUUUCCCGAAUGUCUGUCCAUUUUGUAUUAUUUUUUUUGUAUUUUUUGGUGGGGGGAGGGAGAAGGGGGUUGGAUAACAUACCAAUUUCCAAUGCAAGUUUGUGCUUUAUUUAUUUGUUCUUUAUUCUAGGCUAUUGCUGGAAACCUAAUAUAAGUGUUGAGAUAAUUGGAAAUGAUUUAGUAAUGAACUUUGAUCCUUUGGAGGAGGCUGAAUUCUAUUUUCUAUUAGUAACUAAUAACCACAUCCCUAAAUAUAACAAACACUUGAGAAUUCCACAAGUAAGUAUUAACUCAUAGUAACUAUUUUCAUUGACAACCAAUAUUAUUCAAUGUUUUGACAGUUUGAGAAAAACCCUAGAUGAGAUAGAUGUAUAUUAUCAUUAAAGGGACACUCCAUUCCCCAAAUUAAAAAUCAGUGUUUAGUAUACAUAAUCCCAAUGAAAUCAUGCAUACAUUUAAUGAUGGGGUUUUUUUUCUCGAAUUGGGGGUAUAUCUAAAAACAGCUUGAAUAAACUACAGUUUUACUGUCUUUUGCCUUUGCAAACCCUCCCCUUAUAACCACACCCAGACAUUUUGUGGCUGUCCAAUCACAGACUACCCAAUGCAGCUCAAUGAGAAGUCUCUGCAAGGUGUGUGCUCUGAGCAAUUGCUGCCUUUUGAGUUUAGCAAGCUGAAGUGCAUUAGAAGUCUGGAAUGUCAAUUUUAAGAUUAAUGCAAAUAACUAACCAAAAUAAGAUGAUACUAGGGACUGACACAAGUUUUCAUGGUGCCUGUUUUAUUUGUAAUACUCACCCUGGUUAACGCUCCCACAUUAUUUAAUGGCACCAGAUAUGCAGGAGAGUUAAAGGGGCACUAUAGUGUCAGGAACACAAAUGUUUAUUCCAGACACUAUAGUUCUAAAACCACAGUUUAGGUAGGUACUCACUAUACCUUGGGUUAGAAAGGCUUCCUGCGUCUUGCCUCGCAUCUGCACUGCUUGCUCAGGAAUACAUGUUCAGUGAUAUGUGCACUAACAUCUUCUAAUAGUAGUUUAUGUCAUCAUAUGAACAAUUUCAUUACUGAAUGAUUGCAAGGAAAUAUUAACCCUUUCACUCCCAGAAUUGUGUAUGCAUGUUCUUACUUUCAUUCACUUUGCAAAAAAAAAUGUAGUCCAUACAGCCUCAUUCACCUUCAUUUAUACUCCAGAAAUAUGGCUGUAGCCACCUGGUAGAGCAGUGGUUCCCAACCCAGUCCUCAAAUACUCAAAUACCCCCUAACAGUCCAGGAUUUAUGGAUUACCCAGUGGUGUCUAAGGUGUUUUUAGAAAAAAAAUGAAAAAACACUUUAGACACAACAGGGUAAUCUCUAAAUCCACGCAUUCAGCCGAGGAGGAGGAGAAUCCCCCGCCCGCCGCUGGAGAAAGAGGUAAACUUAACCCCUUCCACCCCCCAGAGCCCGCGGGAGGGGGGCCCUGAGGGUGGGGGCACCCUCAGGGCACUAUAGUGCCAGGAAAAUGAGUAUGUUUUCCUGGCACUAUAGUGGUCCUUUCAUAUUCCACACCAUUUCCAUACAGAAAUAGGCUAUAAAAUGACACUGAUAGGGCAUACAGGGAGAAUUCCCCAUUAUCAUUCUAUGACUUUCUUUAGUUACAAGAAUAAAACUUUGUAAUAAGUAAACUUUAUUUUAUGUUCUAAAACCAAUUAGGCAUUUAUAGUAUCUCUAUAAAGAUGUAUCUCCGUCACUACUGUAAAGAGUCAGAGUAACCUUUGUUCUGCAGCAUUAUGAUACACUUACUUCAUUUCGGAGAAGGACCUGUAAAACUGCGUGGGCAGAUGCCUUUAGCUUGUGAAGGAAACAAGACUCCUUAAAAUAAAUUAGACAUUACUGUAAAUGUGUAGCAAUAUUUCCUGCUGGAUAUCUCUUUUGAUAUAAGAUAUAAGGAGAUAAUCAACAACAAAUGUAGAGAGCUCAAGUAUUGUUUCUGGAGUAGGGGAGGGUGGGUAGGUGUUCAUUGUUCCUUCAUGUAGAGUACAGCUGAACACUACGCUGAACAUACGCUGAACACUAUUAUAAAUCCAACACAUUUGUUUUUGCCCCCAUUUUUCAUGAGCUGAACUCAGACUUUUUAGAAAAGGCCUAUAUCUCUCAAAUAUUGUUCACAAAUCUGUCUACAUCUGUGUUAGCGAGCACUUCUCCUUUGCCGAGAUAAUCCAUCCACCUCACAGGUGUGGCAUAUCAAGAUGCUGAUUAGACAGCAUGAUUAUUGCACAGGUGUGCCUUAGGCUUGCCACAAUAUGAAGGCCACUCUAAAAUGUGCAGUUUUAUCACACAGCACAAUUCCAUAUCACCGUUUGCAAGUUUUGAGGGAGCGUGCAAAUGGCAUGCUUACUGCAGGAAUGUCCACCAGAGCUGUUGCCCCAAAAUUGAAUGUUCAUUUUUCUACCAUAAGCCAUCUCCAAAGGCGUUUCAGAGAAUUUGGCAGUACAUCCAACCGACCUAACUCUCAUAUAUAUUUAUUUUGAUCCAGCCCAUCUGGAUGACUGCUGUUUUUUUGUAUUACCUUUGUCUUUGUAACUAUAAUGAGGGUUGUGGUUUCUAGUGGGGAAGGAGGUAGGUAAUUAUUGUUAUGAACUCCUACCCACCUGUUUUCCCCUUUAAAUCCCAUAUUCACCCUCUUUUAAGUGGAGUUUGGUCUAAUUAUUAAGGUGGGGUUGGCGAAUUAGCACUCUAUACACCUACCCUCCUGUUCCUUAUAAUCAGGCUCUGCUAAUAUACCAGUUUACUUCUAUUACCUUACAUAAGCUUGAUCAAUGUAUCUACCCCAUACCUUUUAUUCACCCUUUUGAAUAUAUCUAAUAUUUUGAAUAUCUCAAAUAUUUCUAUUAUCUUUAAUUUUCAAUAUACAUCUAAUUUUGAAUCUAAAUGCCAAGCUUUAUUCUUCCGAUCCACAUCGACUGCUGCUAUUUAAUUGGCUAUAUUCUAGCCUUCCACUUGGAAUAACAUUUCAUUACUAAACAGCUGUCUUUCUUGAUACUAUUUUUCUACUUGGGUUGAUUAACAAUUAGUAUAUUUUCUAACGCUUGCUGUGAUUGAUAUAUACAAGCCAGAUAGGCAAACUCCUAGGUUUCUCCUUUUUAAUAUUAUACUUUCACAAUUUUGUGUUUUUCACUUUGUCUUGUUUUUUUCCACUAUUAUAUAGAUAUGCCCUUUGAAUACUAAUAAACUUUAUAUUUAAAUGUUUUGUCUCUUACCAAUUAUAGUGGAUUAUACAUGUUAUAUGUGGGUAAUCUAACCUUUUUUUGAGAAUCGUUACUCAGUCUUUUGACUGGGGACCCCCUUUUUUCAAAGAAAUAUUUGUUAUUCAUUUUUCAAUUUUACUUGCCCAUGAUGCCCCCAUUCCUGCAACUAGUUUCAACUAUCGUACAUGAUUCACAGGAUUAUUCACUAAACUGUAUUUUCUCUAAAAAUGUUACAUAAAAAUAGCCAACCUAGUAAAUUUCUUUAGUCCUUUGUGCCUCCAGUUUUGCUUUUUUGUCAAUUUGCAGUUCCCUGGUGAUUAUUACAGUUUUUGAUAAACUGGGACAGGCACUAUAGGGAGCUAACACAUAACUACUUUUAUUCAUAAAUACUCUUAAUUGAAAUAUGCCACAUAUAAAAGUGCUAAUCGCUGUGAUACUUUAUUUUCUUAACAGGGAGCUAAAGGUUUGCGGCUGAACCAAACCAUUUAUCCUGCUACAUUUAGUCCUGCAUGCUGGUAUAAAUUUCAGGUAAAAGACCUAGCAUUAUAUAUUGGGGCUACAAGAGGGAAGAAACAUAUCUGAUAAUGUUUUAUUUUUUAUUUAUUUUUUAUUCACUUGUGAUAUCAGUCAUUGCAAUAUUUUCUGUGACCAUUACUACAAUAUUUAACAGUUGGAGUGAGCACUCAUCAGUCUUUAGAACUACAAGAUUAUGGAUAAGCAACCAUUCUUAUACUCUAUCACACUGCGCCAGUCUCGUACUCUAUCAGACUUCACCAAUCUCAGGCAUUGGGUGGCUCCACAUCAUAGUAGAGGUAGGAUACAAAUUGGUGUAUUCACUGAGCCCCUGUUUAUGGCAUAGCAUAUUUGAUGAUGGGCUUCUUUAAAGGGCUUAAGUCUUAUUUUCUGGAUUUCUUUUUCAGGUUUCUGCCAAAAUAAAGCUCUUGGUCACUACGGCAGCGCCAUUCCUGUAAAAUGCAUGUUCUAGAUGUGCCCAAUUUCUUUUUGUCUUUACUGUGAGUUACAGGCAGCCUUCAUCUCCUCUAGCUCCCAAUAUUAUUCACUUUCUCACAUCAUGCCACUCUGGGCUCUCAUUGCACGUUAUGUUACACACAUGCUCACUCAAACUAACUCUAUCUUCUUACGAACCUUGUGAAGCAUUAACUCAGAGUUCUAUGAUUGGAAAUGCUGUCACUGGAGUUGUUAUAUAACAUUGAGAGAAAACCAACACUACCAAUUGCAGAUUUCAAAUAUUAACCUAUUUCUUCUGAUCUGCUCUCAUUUAUUUAAAGGGGGACACUAUGAACCAUAACCACUACAAUUCUUAGAGUGGCCCACCAUCAUGUGUCUACUCUACAUAUGCAUUUUUGUUACUUGUAUAUUUCCAAAGUUUCUGGUUUUCUAUUUUUUUUUUUUAUUCUUAUUCACUGUUAACCCUUUGGUGAGGGAACUCUUACCAAUGAGAUUGCAGUAAAAUUAGCUAUUGGUUACGCUAUCUUUUUAUUUUAUAUUUUUAACAGCAGUUAUUUAUUUUUUAUGUGGUAUACUGGGCACACCAGGCACAGCAUGUAAAUGAGUUAACCCCCGCAGUGCAGUAUGUAUCAUGUGCGUGUACAGGAGGAAUAUGUGGGAGUGAAUGUGUUCAAAUCAUUUCUCUGUAGAUGUCUGAUGGACAGGUUGCUUGUCCAUCUGGAAGUGCAACAAAAAUAAUUAUAUUUUUUUAAUUACCUCCGCUGCUAUAUUCAAUCCCAGUAUACUUUGUAAUAGUGUUCACUGAGGUGAGGGAAGGGACAGUUCCAUUUUCCAGAACACAUUCAUGACCCUUUUAAGCAUCACUCAUGGGUGGCAGUCAGAAGACCGGGACCCCUGUGCCUGAUGUAGAUGAUGAGGAGUCUGGUAGUGGAUAAGUAGGGCCUGGUGCAGGGUAACCGCACGCCCCUUGGUGUUGAGCACCAGCGUUUGUGCGGCUACUUACCAAGACCCUGUUGCAGUUUAUACGGAUGCGAUUUGCAGAUGAUAUGCUGAGAUGUAUCCAGUACUAGAAACAAGGUAAGACUAAGACCAAACAAGAAAACAAGACAAAACUAGUAGAACCCAGAACCAGAGAAGGAUAGAAAGCAACCCAGAACAUGUACACAAUACAUAAGGAAAACAUUAACAGGGGCAGGAAAGGACAGGACAAAACAAGAGGAGACUUAUAUAAGGCAAAACAAGAGGAGAUUUAACUAAGUACUAUAUAUGUAAAACAUUGGAGAUUUAGACAUACAUAAAUGGCCAAGAUGUAUGCAGCCCACCACUGUGCCAAAGUACUUGAAGUACAGUGGGUACUUUCUGCAUAGACAUGCAUGACUAAAUAAACAAUAAUAAAACACACACAGCACUUACGUGCAAGAAAGGGGCAGGGGACUUGGCGCAACUGCCUGCAGGAACCAACUGAAACAAAAGGAUUCAUGGAAAAGGAAAGGGUGUGGCAACAUAAAACAAACAUUUAAUGGAAUCCAAGAGACUAGGAAUUCCAGGAACGGAAUAAAGGAAUGAACCCAGAAAACACAGCAUAAAGAAAACCAGACACAGAAUAGAAAACCAGAAAAACCAAGAAAAACUAAACAAGAAUUGUAAAAAGAGUACUGGAUACCAGAAGCCAAGGUCAGACCUCUGAACAGGACAGAGCAGGUCCUGACACAUAGGGUGUGUUCAAGGUGGGCUCAAGUAGUUAUACGUGGGAGGAGCCAUAAAAUUUGCAUUUGGCCUGAAAUCCCUGGUCUUUAUGCCUCCUAGCAACGCACCUGAACAUAAAUACUUACCAAAACAGCUUUUUUUCCCAUGUCUUGUAAUAGAGCUUCAGCAUUUCUCACACAAACACACAACACCCCCCACACACAGCAUCUCUCACACACAGCAUCUGUCAAUCACAAACACACAGAGCACCCCUCACACACAGAGCACUCUUCACACACACACACACACACACAGCAUCCCUCACACACAUGCAGCUCUACACACAAGGCACCUCACACACACACAGAGCACCCCUGACACACACACACAGCACCUCUCGCACACACCGCACCCCCCCACACACACACACACAGCACCCCCCACACACCCUACACACUCUGCACCCCACACAGAAAGUCAUGAACAAAGGAAGAAAGAAAUUGGAAAGCAAAUACGUCACUUAUUGCAUUGAUAUUAACCAGAGCUCAUAAUUUCCACUAGUCAGAGACAAGUGGAAAUUUAUCUGUAGGGGUGACUAGAAUGAGCUAGGGGAUAUGUGUUGCAGUGGUGAGUCAUAUUUAAGGCCUGGCUAGUGUAGCAGAUGACUACAGAAGUUCCAGAUGUGUCUGAGGCAUCCUGUAGCCUCUAUCACACUAGUAAGGUAAUUGUAACUUAAAAUGUUUACGCCCACACAAGUUUUGGGACCCUUGGUAAAACACUGCCCUUAAUAUAGUAAUACGCCUUCAUACUCUCCCCAAAAUUGCUCAUUGCAAACAUAAUGUAAUUGUUCGCUUUCUACACCCACAACCUAACUCAUUUACCUUCCCCCACUCCUACCUCCCCACUGAGGAGAGGGUACGGCCAUGGGCAACCCUACAGUAUACUAUUGGAACUCUCCCUACUGUCCUUUUUUUUUUAUCUACUUUGUUCCCUCAUCUUCGUUCAAUUCCUCUUCUUUCGUUCAACUCAUCUUCUUUCGUUCUUUUCCCACUUAUAUUAAUCCCCCCUAACAGGCUCUGGUGUACAAUACACCGGUUGCCAUGAUCCCAAGGUUUCUACUUUUUUGAGGUCUCAAGGAGAACAUAUUGGCUAUAGGAGAUCAUGUACCUUUCUCUCGCACACGUAUGAGCUAUACAGUCUCUUGCAUGGCGUAAUUCCUAAAGCACACAUCACCUGCUCUCCCUGUAUAAAACAUAAUCAGCUAAUUGAGCCGUUUGGAUGGCACACAUCACCCGAGGCAAAGGGAGGACGAGGGGUAACACGCUGUAAGAAUCUAGUACAACAAAUUGCAUUGACUGAUACAUAUAUGAAAAGUGAUUCAAUGUACAUCUUGUGAUUCAAAGUAUCUCCUCAUAAGUUGAUUUUUUAUUUUAUUUUUUUAAACCUGACUGACCACGUACUUAUUAUUACAAAAUGUGCACCUGAUGCCUGUACUGUCAAUUUUAUCAUCUGAAAACACAUAAAGAAUUAAAAAAAAAAAAAAAUGUUUAAGCCCUGUGUGCUAACCUGGCUUCUCUUGUAACUAACUGUACUUGUUUAAUUGUGAUUCCAGAUUUGGCCGUAUAUGUCUACCUGUGAAGCAGACUGCCUUAGACUGAAUUUCAAACCAGAAUGUACCUUACCAUCCCCCAGUAAGUGAGUCAGUAGUAUCCAACCAGUACUGUACUUCAACUAAAAUUACCAUUCUACCAAAGGAAUCCUAAAUGACAUGAUACCAUGAUAAUGGCAGGGAAAUUUGAAUUUAGGAUGAUAGAGAUUUAAAGUACCUGUACACACAGAUCAGACUCUGUGCUCCGUCAUCAUACGUUAAUUAAACAGCAAAUUGUGUAAUUCAUUAAGUUUUUGCUUUUAGGUAACAGUUAUUACAACAUCCCAGUCAUAAAAACACAUGCCAGUCACUAGGAUUUCUCUCCCCGUUCCACAAGACAUGCUCUCUGUCUGGAAUGAAGUGACACGCUGUUAGUUCUUCCAAGAAUCCAAUACUACAGGGGCCCAGUCCCACUCUUAAACAACCGUGGCUCCUGACCGAGUCCCUGUUCAGCAAUACUGAUUGCGUGGCCCUAAAUGAUUGAGUCACCCAAUGAGCAAAUUGCUGGGGAACACCAACAGGGAAACGCUGUACUAGAGAAUAACAACUAAAUACAGGACUUAUUCCAUCUUUCAACAGCCAGCAUAACACAGCACUUAUCUGAUGUAGUUUGAUGGCUGCAUAUAUACAUAGAUCUAUAUUUCGUUACAACAAAGAAAAAUUGCAUUUCUUCAGGUUGACAAUAUUAAUGACAAAUAUUGCUUCUUAACUAGAAUAAACCUGAACUAAUCAAGAAUCUGAAUGUGUGAAUCCUUUUCUCAUCUGUAACAUUAUCUACCACUAUGUGUAGCUACUACAAAUUUACACUUACUGCUAGGCUGCUGCAAGCAGUACAUGGUCGCUAUAAAACUUAUAUACCUGUACUACCUGCUAAAGGGCACAACCUCUGGAUACCCACUAAGAUAGUGUAUCCUUUUAUGAGACAUAUAACCCAUAUUCAGUAAAAAAAAUUAAAAAAAAAUUUGUUGGGUGGGUGGGAGCGCGUAAAACUUGAAGAUGUGCAGACAAUAUCAUACAAUAAUAUUUCAUGUUUCUAAGCUCUACCAAAAUACUACCAAAGAACCUCUCACAUACUUUGUGUGUGUGAGGUUGCAUAUCGCCAAACAAAUAAGGAAUUCCCACUGAACAUGAUGCUUGUUGUCUUGUAGUCUUUAGCUAGUGCAACAAAAUCACUGAGGGUUUAGGAGAGUACAAUGGGGAAAAGUGAUAGCAUGAAGAUUAUAUCUAUCUAUCAGGGCUAUUCUUUAUGAGAAAGGAUUAAUAAUGAAAAUUCUAAGUGAAUUGGAAAUUUAAGAACUGGAAAAAUGAUCUAACUUGGCUAUGCUUCCAGUUCCGAUUGGACUACUUUGGCCUUACAUAUGAAAUUCACCUUGAAUUCUCACUUUAGUAAAUAAUCUAAACGUCAGUGUGUGUAUAUGUAAUUUUCUAAAUUUUCUUCUAAAACCUCAGAUUCUAGGCAGAAAAUUCUGCCUAGAAGUUAAUAAAGCACAGGACCUGAAACAGACACCCCCAUGCCCCACCUGUGGGCAUCGGGCGAAGGCUUCAAAUGAAAGAAUGUCAAGUUUUCUGUAUUACAUUAGCCAUCGCUAGUGGAAAUCAGGCUGCUUUCUGUAAAUUAAGAGACUUUGUCUGUGGAAACUCCCGUGCUUUCGCUGGAUCCUCCAUAUACAUCAGGGUUGUAAUCUAUAACCAAAAGCUGCCCAUUAACUAGCCUUUUAUUACAGCGAGCAGCUACUGGAUUCAUGCUGUUUAGCAGACAUGCCCCAUCCCAUAGUAAUACACUUCUCUAUACUAAUGUGGGGUGUUUUGAGUAUUUUUCUAUUUUUGAGCAUUUGUUUUAAGUUUUUUUUUCUUUUACAAAUAGUGCUACUAGCAGGCAAAUAGUCAAAGGAUUUAGACCAUUUAUCAAGGAUUAUGUCCUCGAUAAAUGGCAUAAAAUUGCUGAUUCCAAUAUUGUUAAGGCUAAGUAUACUAUUUUUCAAAAAUCUAUAUUAUUCAAAGUGAUAUAUAGCUGCGCCAGAUAAACCUUUAAGGGAGGAAAUUAAAUCAAUUCAAAUAGGUAAAAUGGUUAUCAGGUGACAAUAAACCUUUCAUCUGGAUUGUAAUGAGGGCUUAUAUGCCUAUGAAAUCUUUGGCUUUGUGCAAGUAGACCUAGAAGAAUUGAUGCAGUUUUAAAGGGAAAGAGUGGUCCAUAUUAUUUUGAUAUAUAUUUUUCUUCUGUUUUAUUCUGAUAUGGGUAAUUAUAAAAAUAAAUCAUAAACCUUGCUAUUUUUGAAAGCAUUCUUAUUUGACAGAAUUUUUGAACACCUGCCUAACACACAGUAAUGUAUAUAAACAUGUUGUGUUACCUUGCAGUCUCUCCAGGUCCAUAAAAGUAGUUCACUUGUGUGACAUGUUCUCUUCUGCAUUCUUUGGACUUUGCUGAUACUUGACUGAAGUUGCUGGCAUAAAAGCAGCAAAGUGUGUACAUCAAGGAACUAAUUGUGUUGCACUUACCUUUGUGGAGAUGUAUCACUGUAUGAUUUAAGGAUUUUUUUAAAACAAUACAGCCUUCAGUGUAUAUUUAUUAUUGGGGUGCAUAUAAGUAGGUGAGAGAGUUGUCAUAGGUUAGGCUGUAAGUAACUGCAGUUAUCUGACUCACACACGGUUUGUCCAUGUAUAUGAUGGGAGUUGCAGUCUAACAGCUAUCGUAAUGGAAAAAAAAAAAAAGGAUUGCAGAGAGGCAUACUUAGAACAGGUCUAAAUUGCUGCGCACGUGCAUUAGACCUGCCCACAGGAAAGCCUUAUUCAUUUCCCCAAAACCCUCUAGGUUAAUUCAAAUGUUAUUGGCAGCUGGCAGGUAAACAAUUCGUCAUACUUGGAUUUCUUCCAAGAAGCCAACUAUGAUAUAAUGCAAAAUUAAAUUGUGCUCACAUUUGACUUGUUCGAAGCCUUCCAGGUCAGGGAAUGUAGGGUUUGAUAAUUUCCUCAAGAUUGGGAGUCGUACAUAUAAUCUUUAGAUACGCAUAAUAAAACCCUUGUACAUUGCACAUUUCAACUUACCAGUUUGUAUUUUUUAAGAUUACCCUGGUUUAACUAAUAGUGGAGUGGAAUAGGGUAAAUUUAACGCUUUGAUUUGGCAACUGUUUUCAUAUGGAACCGAUUUUGAUUAUGUUGUACUGAAUGUCCGUUUAAUUAACUUCACCGUUUGUGUUUCUAUUAAUGACGUUGACCUUGGUAAUAUUUCUUUAGAUGUCUGAUUAUGUAAUCAUGAUUAAGGAACAGCGCACACACAAAACUAUAGUUUAAAAAAAAAAAAAAAAUGAAAUGUAGAAUUCAACACAGCUGUAUUUAGUUCUAUUGUUGAACGGAGUACCUCCAAUUUGGAUCUCUGUCAGUCAUUGUUAUUAAUUCUUGUGAAUUGUUCAUCUGUGAGUCAGCAGAGAGAGAGAAUACAGAGUGAAGAAACAAAAUAUUUGUGUUUUACAUCCUCCAAUAUAUCGUGUGCCUUGGUGGUGCCACGAAUGAGCUGGAUUGUAAUGUAAUUUGCAAAAUGUACAAUGUACAUUUAAAAGAAAACAGUACCCCAUGACCUAGGUAUUAAACGCACAACCAAGCAGUUAGAACACACUCAUGCGUGACCUCACUCUCUACCUAGGAUUUUAUGCAUGUUAUAAUUAAUGAACAUUGUGCUGAAAAUUGUGGAAUGCAUUAUGUAACCAACACUGUAACUUUCUACCCUCUCAUACGAUGCGUAUGCUGAACCUUAUAUAAGUCUCAUGCACGCAAAAAUAAAGAACAAAAAAAAAAAGGAAAACCAUACCUUAUGGAAAAAAAGGUUAACACAUUUUAUUGGUGAUUUGUAAUGUGUAAUUUCAAUGUGACUGUUCCUCUUUAAGGAUAAUUACUAUCUCUUAGUGUAUUUGUUUUGCCUGUACAUUAAACCAUAUAUCUGACUUCAAAUUAAAAAAAAAAAUGCAGUUUAAAAUUUCACAAGGCAACCUAAAAUCGUCUAUCUCGGCAAAGAAAUAUGGGUAUACAGUUCCACCACCAUAUGGCAAUAUUGUGUUAAGCCAACAACUACACCACAGUACCCCAAUAUCAGUGGGUCCUACACUAAUUCCAACAUGGGAGACAAAUGAAAGAGAGAGAAUGCUAAAUUAACUAAAGUUUCUUUAAUUACUCUUGUAAAAUGUAAAACUUGAUUUAUGUGUGCGCACUGUUCCUUAAUCUGUAUUUUGUGUACAUUUUAGCCUCUGUUGCAGCACCAUUGCAGAGAAAUGCAUGUUCAGCGUGUGCCCCCAGUUCCAUUUUUUCUGUUUAUGUAAUUCCUGCGCCUGCUUUCAUUUGUUUAAAUGUAAUGAAGUGUUUGAAUACAAAAUACUAGAAUACCUGCUCAGAAGGUAUUUUUCUAUCUUGCAGAGCCAGUGAAACGGAUGUAUAUGUCCUGUAUCGCGGCUCCUGUUACCCUUCUCUUCUUUGGUUGUGUCCUCCUACUGUGCUGCUUGUGCGGUAAGUGCUUUUGUGUAUUUUGGUGCAAUAUGACUUCAGAAGUACUUUAUGUAGCAGUGAACAAGGGGGAAAGAGGCUGGGUCAAAUGAAAGUAUUGUCUGUCAAUCCGGGCAUGACUGGAAUAUAGUGGCAAUCAGAUGGUAUACCUGCAUAGUAUGUGCAGGACAAUCUCAUUUGGUCAUUUUAGGAGAGAGACCUAGAUGCCACCCUCUUAGCUUUGGACAAAAAAAAAUAGAGCUAUACUCCAGAGAUCAAACAAAAGAAAAAGCAGGACCGCGCCCAAGAUAGUAAUAUAUGAAAUAAUGUACGUACACAAAUAAUUUUCUUCUUUUCAAAUGGUUCACGUAUAACCUCAAAGAUAAAAACAGAGAGGAAACAUAAUAGUGCAGUAUGGUUUGGUAAAUAGGUGAAGUUGUAGAGUGAAUUAGAGUAAUAUACGCUCACAUUUGAUAGAGCUAACCAGGAGCUCUACCGUAAUUCACAUGGACAGAACAAUCCCCGUCUAAGGAUCUAUGUGGAAGCGAAUUACUCCAAUAUUCCAAAAAGGCGGCAAUAUAAAAGACAUAAAAGGAAACUCCAAUAGUGCAGUAUAUUCUGAUAUUAAUAAAGAAAAAUAAAAUAAAGAAUGUGGUACUCCCAUUUACUAGAGCAGAAACGUGCUCUAGUAUACUCAGCUCUUCAGAAGUGUGUGAUAGGUGAAAUGCGUUAAGUGGGACUUUUUUUAUGGCCACCUUGUUUUUGUUUUAUUUAUAUGUCAUUAAAUAGUGUAUUUUAAAGCUAUGUACAUCUAUUUAUUUUGUAUCCAACACUUUACUUACUUGUCAUCAUAUCCUCUGGUGGGGACUAUACCACCUAAGCUGAGUAUACUAGAGCAAGUUUCUGCUCUAGUAAAUGUGAGUACCACAUUCUUUAUUUUGUUUUCUUUUGUUUGAAUUCUUUUUUCACAAGGUUGGGAAUCCUUGUACUGGUUACCGCUGCCUACAAAUUAUUUUAUAUUUAAUAUUGGAGCGAGCACCUAUCACAUUCUUUUCUAUAUCUGUUAUACUCCAGAAAUCCAGCAUUUAGCAUUGUGGUAGGGCAGGAAAAUACUAAGUGCAAGUUGUGACUAAGGGAAGGAAACCAAUGAAAUUCAAUCUGAGUCAAUUGACCUAGCGAUUGGGGCGUCUGUGAGUAAAAGACCUUUCAGACUUAGAGAAUAAAUCUAGCAUUGGUGGCAUGAGAUUAGGGGCUAAUGAUAAGCCACACUGUGACCUUGAGGUUUAGGGUGCUGUAGUGCCUGGAAAUCAACUUUGUUUUCCGGGCACUAUAUUUUCCCUUUAAGAUGUCCUUGGGACCAAGGAGACUGAAAGACUAAGAUACAAUCUGUGUAAUUGUAUAAUUGACCAAUACACUGAAACUACGAUUAACUACUAUUAGCAUUGAGGGUUCCCAAUGUUUUAUUUGUAUUUUAAGGAUAAACAUUGAGCAUCAUGAUCAAAUUUUAUUGGAUUUGGAAAUUUACUUGAGUUGUGAACGUUUUUUUUUUUGUUUAUUUGUUUGUUUUUUUACUGGGUCCCUAAAGACUUUUAAACUUUGCCGUCAUCAUAGGUUGUUCCCUAAAGGCCUCUCUCUGUCCCUUAAGCUGUUAAAUGCAUUGGUCAUUGCAUUUUGGAAAAAUAUGUUUUUUUUUUAAAUAAAGAAGAGUAGGAAAUAAACAACUAUUUUGGCUGCUUUUUAUUGGCUAGAUGGAUAAUAUUAAUUGUAAAAAUAUUUUAAAACUGUUGAGCAGUUUAGAAAAUAUCAAUACAAUAUAUAGACAUCUUUGCUUCCCUAAACGAGAAUUGGCACUCCAGGUAUCUCCUAUUUAACCAAGCUCAAAAUAUACAAUCCUUCCUUUUAAACGUGCAGCCAAGGCUGGUCCCUCUCUCCUGCUCUGACUGUAUAUUACUGACUUCUUAUUAUUUUGUUUUAUUUUAUAUUAGCUAUAUAGUGUAUGAAAAUGGAUGUGAAAAAUACAGCAUAAAGUGUCCUUUUAAUGAAAAUGUGUUUUUUUUCAUAGAAAGUAAAGGCACAACACUGGGCUUUACUUCUUUAAAUUAAAUUUUCCUUUUAAAAACAUGCAUAUUCAUGAGUAUUUUCUAAGCACAAUUUUGCUGAAUGUCUACAUCAUAAUUCUUAAUUCUUUCUCUUUUUUUUUCUCUCUUCUUUUAGGUAAAAUAACUCCUCCCCCUCUUCCUCCUCCUCCCACUCCUCCUCCUCCUCUUCCCCACAUUAAGAAAGUUUGGCUAAUUUACUCCGCUGAUCACACUCGCUAUGUGAAUGUGGUAAUAAAAUUUGCAGAUUUUUUAAGGGGGGCAUGGGGCAUGGAAGUGAUAGUAGACCGUCUACAUGAAGGUGAAAUUGCAGAGGAAGGCCAUAUGACCUGGCUGUGUCAUCAGAAGAAGAUGAUUGAGGACUCAGAUGGUUCCAUCCUGGUUCUUUGUUCGCGUGGAACACGAGAAAAGUGGAAUGCCAGGCUGACUACAGAUAAACAAAGAGUAACUCUGAGAGAGGACAGAGAGUUAAAGGAUCUCUUUACACCAGCUAUCACCAUUAUCAGCGCUGAUUUCCAGAAUGGUUUGCAUAAUGAACAAUAUAUCAUAGCAUAUUUUGAGGAACUGAGUGAUUUACAGGACAUCCCUUCAUUAUUCAACAGCUGCCUCAAGUAUAAUCUCGUAAGGGAUCUGCAGGAUAUCUUCUUUCGUAUACAGAGGAAGGAGAGACAUUGUCCCAGAGCACAGUAUGACGUUCCACAGGAAGGGGCUAAAGGUUAUGAAAACCUGAGAAAAGCUUUGAAGAGGUGCCAGGCCUGGCAGGAAAAGCAUUUGAAUUGGUUUAAUGAAGAGUGUUUACCAAACCUAGCCAAAGAAGAUGAAAGUGAAACGGAGCAAGAAGAAGGGAGUGAUACUAUUAGGUGUAGGCCUCUUCUUUGUGAUGAUGAACCUUGCAUCUCCAAAAUAACACCAAUCAUCAAUGAUGCUGAUGUUUCCAUGAAAGUGGAGCCUGUAACAGUAACUGGGCCUCCAAGCAUUCAUGUGGAACUAAACUUAUCUGAAGGCAGAUCUUCUUUACAAACACUGCAGCCAAUUACAGCGUCUGAAGUUGUGUCAACUUAUAUUCAGGAACCUUGCUUGGAAGUCCAUGUAGAGGAUCCGGGUAUAUUUGCCAAUCAGGAUUCAUUUGUGGAACUAGAUCAAACCUCUUCCAUUGAUGUAGAGGCAGCAGCACUGAGGUUCCUCCAAUUGUCCCAACCAGGCAUUCUGGAGCAAUAUAUGUCUAUACACAAGCCAAGUAAAGAAUCCCAAGAUGAGGGCUACGCUACUUGGAAUAACCGGCUGGAGCAUCAUUCAGUUCAGGAUGGCUAGUCCAUCAGGCAAAAGAAUGGAUCCACAGGUCAAGGAUACAGGUUUUUUGUCUUCAAAAUGGUUCCCCAUCAGGUCCCAAUACCUGAUGAUUUAACUGGCCUCACAUUAUACACUAUAACUCAGAAAGGAAAUAUUGAAAUCCAGUAACCCAGGGUUAAGAGUGGAGAGGUAUUGAUAAUCAAAUAUAAGCCACGUGGCAAAACAUAAAUGUUAAUCAGGCUAUAGGUCUGUGUAUGUAGCAAACAUGAUCUACAUUAACCAAGUUUAGCUUGAGCUAUGCAGUAGUAACAACUCGAUAAACAAAGAAGCCAGGGGUCCAGGCUGGAGAAUGCAGGAAGUAGAACAGCAAGCGAGUCACAACUGGAGUUCAGGAGAGUAGGAAGCACUGCUACAAGUCAACUAGCAGCUAAACCACAUAAUCAUAAAAUGUGAAUGGAAGAGUAACUUUAUAAAGGUUUGUAACAGGACUACUGAUUAGCGAAAGAGUUGGAACAUAUAGUUUCAGAGACAUUUUACCACCUAAAAACUGAGGCUAUAUGUCUUUCCUCCUCCCCACCAUUGUAUUCCAUCCUCCAGCAUGUUUUCCCAUUGUUGUUCUUACCCCUUUCCUGCCUCUCCUCCACGAUAACUCCCUCAUCUACUCCAUUUCUCUCUCCACCCAUCUUCCGUGCCCUCUCUCCAGAAAAUGUUCCCCUUUUCUUUUUUUUCCUCCUCUUUUAUAUUAAGACUUUUAGUUUUUCUCCCCCAUCUUUCUUAUAUGCUACCUUCCUCCCUUUUCUAUUACCGUCUCCACCUUUUGUCUGUGCUCUCUGGAAUUUUCUCCCAUGUUCUUUUUCCCUCCCACUACAUGCUUCCACCUAUUGUUUCCUCCCCCUUCCUAACACCUCUGCUACUUUUGCCUGUCACUGUUUUUCAUUACUCUAUGGCUAUUUUUUCUUACUUUAUCACCAUUGAAGGGUCAGAUUUAAAGCCUCACCUUUUAUGCCAUGCUGCCAGAUUGGAUGGUGGUGCAUCUUAUUAAUGGCUCAGAUAACUGUACAGCUCAUUACUGUGAGGCUCCUUGAUAUAUUCCUGUGAGCACUAUCGCAGUGAUGCUCUGUGAUAUACUUAGUAUUGCAAUGGAGCUCUGAAAUUCACUCGUACACACAGCACACUACUGUAUUACAGGAAGCUUAGUGAGACAGUCUAGCAGACUGCAAGUAAUGUGAAUUUUAUUGCUGUAUCUUAUUCCCCAUCCCUGGCACCUAAAUUAAUAACACAUCCCAAUGGCAUUUAAAGCAGCACUGUUACCGUCCCAUGCAAAAUUAGUAUUUCAUAAAGGCAGAGUCUUUUUGACAUACUCACGUUGACUGUGUUGGAAAUUGACUGAAAUUCUAGCCCAGUCAAUAGAUAUACUGAGAUGUUUUAGUAUUUUUCUUAUACUCGACUAAAAGGCAGUGCUACCUUUUGUCAAACCCUCAGCCGUCACUAUUAGCGACUGAGGGGGGAAAGGCUCUGUCUAGGGAGGAUCCCGUGGUCUUGUGGUAACCUGCAUACACUUUGGUGUUUUACUCUUGCACAGGGUAUUAAGGUGAAGUGCCAGUAGCUGAAGAGGACCUUCAGGAAGAUGAAAUUGUAUCACUUGCUCCGUACACAGGUGUUGCAUCACCAGUAAACACUCGCAAAAAUACAGCCACACAGAUAUAUAUACAGGUAUAUACACUAGUAGGCACAAUUUUAGGUAAUAGUCAAGCACACGCUCAGAUAAAAAAAAAACAUGCAUAGAGACAUAGGUUCAAUCAAAAUCAUCACAUACAUAUGGGCACACAUGCCCAGAUACACACAUAGACAUGUCAGACACAGAUACACAAACGUCCCUCAUACAGACAGAUACAUAUUCCCACACAAGUUAAUGGUGCCGAUUAUGUUUGAAGGGUGUCUGUGAUGUGUGUAGACGGAAUAUACAGUAUUGUGUGGAAGGAGAGACUGAUUCUGGUGUUUUGUGAAUGAGAAAGUUAUGUGCCAUCCCUCCCAAAAAAGUUUUUACCUCGCCUUCCCCCCCUUAGAUCACUCACUCCCUGCUAGUUAAUUCUGUGUGGUCGCCUGGGAUGCAGUUGCAGAUCGCUGUAAGAGCUCACAAUGGUCUGGAACAGCCUGGAUGAAUCAUACUAAUGACAGGGUAACCCUGUUACAGUGUUCUGAUCCACUCAGAAGAAUUGGUUUGCAGAGAAUCACGGACCGUAAUCUGUAACUAUUAGAAGUGCAGACUGUACACUCCUUCAUGUCUCCCUUUAGCACUAUCUGCCUGGCAACCCCUAAAGGAGUGCUGGCACACUCUAGGGACCACUUCUUUAAUAUUAAGUGUUAGAACGGUAUGCAUUAUAUUUAUGGACAUUAACUUGGGAAGCCUUGUUCAGAAAAUACAGAAAUAUAAAGGAAGGGCAAGGGUGCAAGGGGAUGCUGACAGUUUGGUACGGACCAAGUGAGUCUCAACCAAUCAUGACAAGAGGGUGAGUUACUAUAGAGUCCUUGCUAAAUUUUGUGGUAAAUGAUGUUUAUUAUAAAAAUUUAUUAAAUAUGCUGUUAACUUCUUCUUUUUUUUUAUGUAAAAAAAACUACAAUGAUGUACAUAACAUUACUGUUGUGGUUGUGUUAAAUUUAUUUUUCCCAAUUAUUUCCAACUUUGUCCAUAUGUCAGGGGCCAUGCCUACAUUAAGACUGGCCCUGUCUUUUUUUCCCCCACAUUGAACUUUACUGUGCCCACAAUACAAGGUCUGCCUCAACUGGCUUUGAGUAGCAGUGCCUACAGAUACCUGUACACUGCAUUUUCAUAUUUUUAGAAAAACUUAGAACACUAUAGGGUACAAAUGUGUAUUCCUGACCCCCAAAUUGUUAAAAACACAUUGGGUGACUGCCCCACUUAUCCCAUUUAAAAGGGUUAAAAUGUAUAUGACUCUGUCAGAAUUGACAAUCUCAGUCAAUCCAAUGCUUUCUCAUAGGAAAGCAUUGGGAGGCUAAUGCACACACUCUGCACUGCACCAAUCAGCAUCUCCUCAUAGAGAUGCAUUUAAUCAAUUCAUCUCUAUGGGGGGUAUUUAGUGUGACGCUGAAUUCCAGUUCAGUUCACUUCCAGUGUCCCCAUGUCUCCCAGCCAGUGUCCCUAGUAUCUCAGUGUCCGAAUUUCUUCCAGUGUCCCCGGUGUCUCUCAGUGUCCGUAGUGUGCCAGUGUCCCUAGUAUCUUAGUGUGUACUAGCCUCUCAGAGUCCCCUAGUGUCUCAGUGUCCCCAUGUUUCCCAGUGAGUGUCCCCACAUCUCCCAGUGAGUGUCCCCCUAUGUAUCUCAGUGUCCGUAGCGUCCCAGAGUCCACUAGUAUCCCAAUGUCCCCCAGUGCACCCAAGUGUCUCAUAGUAUAAAAUAAAAAAAUAUCAGGCACUCACUAUGAUAGAUUUAAGCAGGUUUAUUGGACACUGUAAUGUUUUGACCUGUAUCCAGGUCUUUAUCAAGUCUCCAGUGUCCCCCAGUCCCCAAGUCUCCAUUGUGCCAGUGUUCCAUAGUAUCUCAGUCUCCCCAUGUCUCCCAGUGUCCCAAUGUCUCUCAGUGUCCCCUAGUGUCCUAGUGACACUGGAAUACAUGGGGACACAGACACUAAGGGAUACUGGAAGACAUGGGGACACAGACAUGCCCCUUUUUGGGGUAUGUUCUCCCAUUUCAGCAGUUUUGUUUAUGUGAUUUGGGUCAGUGGCACACCCUUUUAUCCCGUCGAUAGACUUCCUGCUUCACUGGACAAUGCUGUUAGGGGGUAUGCAUUUACUUAAAAGAUGAAAGCGUGAGAUUAGCAUAGGGUAUGUGCUUUCUCAUAGCUACAUCCUAUGAGUUUCCCUCCAGCACCAUCUCCAUCAGAUACAUGACGCUUGGGAGGUAGGAAUGUUUUAAUGUUUUUGGUCAAUAAGAUUUGUAAUUAGGCCCAUCAUAAUUGUCAGCACCAGGCUCACUGGGCUCUUAAUCUGGCCCUGCAAUGUGGGUUUUGUUGUACUCCGCAGAUGUAGCUGAACACAAUAUGGGGCUCUGUACAGAAGUAGCCCACACCAGCUUUACUAAAUACACAUUAAAAAAAGACUUGUUAUAUGUGUACAUGCCAAAAUAGAGAAAAAAAUAAUAUUUUCUACAAUCUUUAGCAGAAAUCGGCAAUGAAAUGGCUACGUAAAAAGUGUCAAAAUAACCUUAGGUAAAUAGCCUGUGAUGUCUAAUUUAUAUAAAUAUACACUUUGGUGGUGCAAUUUUGUUUUUUUGUGAUGGCUACUAAACUUACAAUACAAACAUACCAACUUCUAAAAUAGUUUCACAUUGACAUUUUAUUUUAUUCCUUGUAUUUUGUGACCUGUAACUUUAAAAAAAAAAAAAAAUUGUAUACAUAUUAUGUGCUCUAUAAAGGAAGACACCUAAAUUAAUUUAUUUUGAAUAACUUUUCCUAAGCGUGCAGCUAUGACGUUCAGGGUCUUCACGCUUUGCAUGGAGACGUUGGACUUUCCCCAUAGAAAUGCAUUGAUUCACUGUAUCUCUAUGAGGAGAUGCUGAUUGCCCAAGCCGGUGUCUGGUCCCACCCCACCUCCUUAAUGAUCUCAGUCAAUCCAAUGCUUUUUAUUACCUUUUAAGGGGAGGUUGGGGGUCGGAGCAAACCACCUUAAUGGUGGUUUUAACACUACAGGGUCAGGAGUAUCUUACAUAAUUGGAAAAGGCCAUAAUGCAAGGAAACUGCACAGUCUCUUGUGGGCUCAUUAUACAAAUUGCUAUAUAAUUUAGAGCAUUGAGACAUUUCAUAAAAGAGGAACUUUAAAUGAGGUUGCAAGAGAAUUUAUUUGCUCAAAAGUACUUUUCUAUGAGAAGGCUAAUAAAACGUAGACACUUCUUGCUAGAGCGCUGAGGUCUAGACAACUUUCAAAACUGAUCACAACAAUAAAAAAACCAUGAAGGUUAAUUAGUCAAUUCACCACAAGAAAUCAAUAAAGUUUACAACUAUUACUCAGAACAUUUUCAAAACAAUUUUUAUUGUGAAUAUCAACAUAAUAUCAACAGCAUAGAAGCAGGCAUGGGUCAUCAACAAUGACAAAAGAGAUGUUCAAUCAGGUACAUUCACAAUCUUAUGUUUUCCUCAACAUAAACAAAUAAAACAAAAAUAUGUUUUCACAAAACACAAUAGGCCAUUGAUAACUUGCCAAAAUGUGGCUGUAAAAAGUUUACUCAGAACAUUUUAACUGCAGGGAGUAAUUGUAUAAGGCUAACGCUCAGUACAUGGAAGCUGUUGAAUCAUUUAUAUUGAAAUCCACUGUGCCGAGACACUGGAGGGACCUUUUGCACUCACUAGGCAAUCUGAUCACUAAAGAAGAGAUUAAUAUAGCAAUAUCAUCCCUAAAAUGAAGCAAGGCACCCGGACCAUAUGGUUUUGAUGGGAGCUAGUAUCAAGUAUUUAUGGACGAACUGAUCCCUCAUUUGGAUUCACUGUUUACCAACCUGAUGAAGGGAGAGUUACCUACUGCAUAUACAGCACCUACAGACACUAGUGCCAUGGGCAAGAUUGGAGCCAUUCUUGCAAAGUAGUGGUACGAGGCAGGGAUGUCCCUUGUCCACUGUCCACUCUUAUUUUUCGGAGUUUAAAAUAAAUUUAGAUAAAUUGAUAGCAAUGCCUUUCAACUUGUCCACUGCUGACAUGACAUACAUAGUGUCUACCUAUAAUUUGAAAUAAUGCAGAGCUCCAUUAAAGAUUUGGGAAUCACCUUGACAGCUGAUCCAAAUAGAUUAUACCAGGAAAACUCUUCCACCUUGAUUAGGAUACUGAUAAAUGACCAAGACAAAUGGACAAAUAAAUAGGACAGGCAAUUAGGCAGGAUUUAUACUAUAAAAAUGAAUACAUUUUGCCCAGAAUACUUUUUCUCUUCCAAGCGCUCCCAGUAGUAGUGAAUAAAAUGGACUUAGCCCAUUUGCAAAGGGCACUUGACCAAUUUAUUUGGCAAUAUUAACAUAAUUUCCAAGAAUCUUCUAUAUCACCCUAGAAAGAGUACAGGAUUCACGUAUAAAUGUUUUAUAACUCUCAUUAUAUUUUUAUACUUCUAAACUAAAUUUUACAACAUAUAUGGCAAUCAUGCCCUUUGUAUAACUUUGUAGUCAUAGUAGAAAUUUAUACGACAAGUAGAAACACUUAUUUAUGCACCUGUACAAAUAAUUCUGGAGCCUCCCUAAUAUUGCAAACUCAGUACUGAAUAUCUAGCAUUGAAAAAAUGACAUAAUUAGUUUUAUAGACUAGAUGAAUAGUCUCUAUUGGAUAACCAUUUUUCCCAGAAAUUACAGGUUUGCUAAAAAUGUUUUUAUUUGUUAUUGGUAACCGUCACUUAAACAAAGCAGUUGAUGCACCAAGGACAGUCCACAAAAAAACAAGAAACAUUUUAUGGUGAGGGGGCUGUCACGGGUGGCGGUACGGAGACCGGGACCCCUGAGCGCCUGAUGGUGGGAGUCUCAGCGUAGUAAUGGACUAUCAGGGCCUGGUGCAGGGUAACCACACGCCCCCUGGUGUUGAGCACCAGUGUUUGUGCGGCCACAUACCAGGGCCCUGAUGCAGAUUCUGCGGAUCUCAAGAGCUAAAUGAUAUGCAGACCUCCCAGGAACUGGAUAGGGAGGCUCUGUAGCAGAUAUGUAUCCAGUACAGAAACAAGGCAAUACUAGAAUAGACACCAAACAAGAAAACAAGACAAGACUAGACGAAACCAAAACCGGAGCAGGACAGAAAACAGAACCGGGAACAUGUACACAAGACAUGAGGGAAACAUGAACAGGGCAGGACAGGACUGUACAUGAACUGGGAAUACAAGACAAAAUAAAACAAGACCAGAGAUGCAAGGCAAAACAAGAGGAGACAAAACUAAGUACUAUAUAUGUAAAAGAUUGGAGAUUUAGACAUACAUAAAUGGCCAAGAUGUAUGCAGUCCACCAACUGCGGCAAAGUACUCAAAUUACGGUGGGUUCCUACCUGCCUAGAUAUGCAUGACUAAAUAAACAGUAAUAAAACACACACAGCACUUACCUGCAAGAAAAAGGCAGAGGACUUGUAGCAACUGCCUGCAGGAACGAACUGAAACAAAAGGAUUCAUGGAAAAGGAACGGGUGUGGCAACAAAAACCAAACAUUUAAAGGAAUCCAAGAGACUGGGAAUUCCAAGAACGGAAUACAUGAAUGAACCCAGAAAACCCAGCAUAAAGAAAACCUGACAUGGAAUAGAAAACCAGAAAAAAACAAGGAAAACUAAACAAGAAUUGUAAAAAGAGUACUGGAUACCAGAAGCAAAGGCCAGACAUCUCCGCAGAACAGGAUAUGACAGGGGCAGAGCCAGCCUAAACAAGAAAGCUGCACAUUGCUUAUAUUCCAUUAUAACGGGCAGAUUAAGAAACCCCACUCUCUGGCCCUUUUGCAGCAAUUUCGGCGCACCAACAAAUAGGGGGAAAAAAAUACCGGGCAGAUCCCAGCUCUGGGUUCGGAGAUAUCGGAGUUUGUAUGCAGCAGUCCCAGAGGCCUAUCCAUAUUUGGUUAGAUUUCAAUCUCAUUCAGUUUAUAAAGUUAAAGGAAUACUCAUACAUUAAAAAUAAAUGCAUUUCUAACUUUUGAAUGGUUCUGUUUUAUUUUAGAUGUAGCCCCCUGAGUUACUUCCCACCAAUCCAGCAGCAAAACAAUAUUUUCGCUGCAGGUCAGCUCCAUACUAGCAUAUCCAAUGCUUCUGAUAAAGAAGUAUUAGGAGACAGGCCAUCAAUGCUUCUCAGCACAAACACACCUCUGUGAGAAGCCUUCACUUUCACUUUGGAGUGUUGGGGUUAUAAAUCCAACCAAAUGAGACAAUGGAGACAUGCUGUUAACACCAAACCACUUCAGAAAGCUAAAGUGCAUAAGGAGUUUGGAAUGUACCUUUAUUUUUUUUUGUCAUAAAGUGUAAUAAUUAUUUAAGACAUGGCAAAUAAGCAUCCCAUUAUCCUAACCUAAUACACUUUUCUUGUCCUUUAAAUAGAUGUAACCAAAUCAAACCAGGAGGUGGAAUUAAUUUUUAGUAGUACAGAAACAUUGUGUCAUUACUUAGGCCUUUGCCAAACUGUUGAAAGCUCUCACUCAAAGCACCAAAACAGAUUUAGCCUAAUGAAGUGGUUUGAUGUAUAGAUCAUGCCCCUGCAGUCUCCCUGAUCAGUUCUCUGCUAUUUAAUAGUUAAAUCAAUCACUUUGUUGAAGCAGCCCUAGCAACACCUCCCAUGGCUGAGACUCACACAAUGUCCCUACACACAAAAAGAGAUAUAAUUUAAAAAAACUGCAUUAAACUGUGUUUAAUUUAGAAUUUAUCUCUUAUCUCCUUUUCUAUUAAUUGUCUGCUAGCGCCUGUAAGAGCCUCAUGUUUGUGAUUAAAGUUAAACACAAUGUGCUGUAAGAUCUGAUUGAAAACAAAACCAUUUUUGCCUGUGAGCUGUAUCGACUCACACAAUGUCCCUACACACAAAAAGAGAUAUAAUUUAAAAAAACUGCAUUAAACUGUGUUUAAUUUAGAAUUUAUCUCUUAUCUCCUUUUCUAUUAAUUGUCUGCUAGCGCCUGUAAGAGCCUCAUGUUUGUGAUUAAAGUUAAACACAAUGUGCUGUAAGAUCUGAUUGAAAACAAAACCAUUUUUGCCUGUGAGCUGUAUCAGACACAAGGGGAGGUUUGGUUAUGGCUGCAUAAACAGAAGUAAUUUAUCUUUUAAAUUGCAGAGAAUUGGGCAGUGAAGCUGCAGGAGUAAGGUCUAUACCAAGGGUAGGGAACCUUGGGCACUCGAUAUGUUGUGGACUAAAUCUCAAGGAAUGCUAUUACAGACAUAAUACUGGCAAAGCAUCAGGGGAAAUGUAAUCCACAACAUCAAGUGCCAAAGGUUGUCUACCUCUGAUACUCCAGAAUUGCUUCAUUAAGCUAAAGUUGUUUUAACAUUUAAAGUAUCCUAUUACAUUUUGCUGAAAAUUCUAACAGAAGAGGUUACCAUCACUUCCAAUACUUGCUUCAGUAAAAAUUGGGUCAUGGGUGGGUAUGGCUUAUCAAGAAAAUAAUGCUGCUAACAAACUUGAAAAAUACUAUCACUUUUCUUUACUGUCGAUUUUCUUCAGGCCUGUUCUAUAUUUUUCAGAUUAUGACAUUUUACUCUCUAGAACUUUACAUGUAAGUCUCUACUGUUGUGGUCUACUUUUCUAAUUUUAGAACCUCCUAUCUAGUCCUCUACUUUUAUAGCAACUAACAUUUUAAUAAUCUUUGGUUCUUGACACUGAGGUAUAGGAAUUACCUUUGUUUGGUACUUUACUCAGGUUUCUAGAACCUUCUUUAGAUCUAUACUUUUUUCCCCCUUCAUUUUCUAUUAUCCUAUUUUGUACUAAUCCUUUACUCGGUGGUCUCUGGCCAGUUUGAAAACUGCUUUUAAAUACAUUGUUAAGAGAUCGGGACAUCUUUGAGAAAAUGAAAAUGCAAAUCAUAUGAAGAAGAAGAUAACACAAACUCAGGCUGAGCAAGGAUUUAUUUGACACCAUCUUCCUCAGGAUUUAUCACAUAUUUUAUCACAUAACACACCAAAUAAAUAAACCCCAUUUAAUUACUACCAACAUACAGUAUUACAAUCAUGGAGGGGCGAGAGUCAUAAAUGAAAAGAGAAGCUUUUGUUUGGUUCAGUUCAAAAUUCCUGGUGAACAUCUUAGCUCAAAUUAAAAGCAAGGAGCAAAUACCAUCUAUAAUGUUGUACGGCCAUCCUAAAAAACAUAUGCCUUGCAGGUUUAAAUAAUAAAGCACAAACAUUUUAUAAUUUCAAAUUACAGGCAAUUUGUAUUUUGUUCUCCCUAGUUAACUUUUUCUGUCCCAUUAUAUGGUAUGAAGUCAAUAUCAACCACUGCCCAUCAAUUUUUUGUCAAAUGACUAUUUUCAAAAAUUCUUUAGAAUCCUGUAGCUGUAACAUGGUUUUUACAUUUUAUUUGGUGUUUAAAUGCAUUUUUUUGAUAGCCAUUAUAGUAUUGUAGAGCAAAAGACAUAGGUUAUAAGAGCUGCAGUUCUAUACAAAUCCAGUGCUAGUGACUAAUAUUUGGCAAUUGGACUUGAACCAAACAAAAACGGUGUUUACACAAUAGAAUAGUUAUUUCUUCUAUAUUACACAUAAUGUCUUAUAACGGUUAAAAAAUAAAACUUUAAUUAUUCACUAGUACAUUACAAGCAUGCACUGUGCACAAUGUAUACCUCUGCAUUGAUGUAUUUAGUAAAUUAAACAUUAAUGUUGUACCCUAAUCCAAUCAUGACGACUGUUCAAUUAGAAAUAUUACAAGGUAAGUAAGGUUGUGCACUGUAGAUUAAAAACCCUGAAGUACAGCCCUUUUUUGUUUUUACCAGGUUUGUGAGAUAAAUCCUGAGUGUGUUGUUGCAUUGACAAUCAGAUAUACCAAUGGGAAUUGUCCAGAGGACAGCCCUUUAACAGAAGAUAUUUCAUUUUUCAGAUGCACCACGGUAAAAACUUAAUCAAGUAACACAUUACAUAUAGUAUUAAAGGCUGUAUUAAUGUUACAAAACAAAUAUUACUAAACUCAGCAUAAUGCUUAUGGUGAACUGCUGAAGUUAGCAUAUUAAUUCUACAGAGUUCAGCAGUGCUUGUAGUGUAGGAAUAAUAGGUAUAUGUGUUAAAUACUUAACUCAUUCAUGACAGAUGAAUUGCAGGCAUGCAUGAAUAGAAUAGGAUUUGACUAAACUGAUAGAAUGUUGACAAAUAAGGUUCAAAUGAAGAGAAUGCCAAGUUGCCCUUUAUAUUUAACAUCAGCACCUAUUUUAUUAAUGAAGCAGAUGCUGAUACAGUCCGAGCAGUUUCCACUUAGCCCAAACUUUAGUUAAAGGGACACUCCACUGCACAAAUACUAAAUAAAUAAAAAUCACCAUUUAAAUGCAUGUAUUUAAUUAUGCAUUUUUUAUUGGAGUUAUAUCUAAAAACAGCUUGCAGAAACUGCAGUUCUCUUGUCUGCUGCCUUUGCAAGCCCUCCCCUCCUAACGCAUCCCAGACUUUCUGUGGCUGUCCAAUCACAAACAUCUCAAUGCCAUUCAAUGAGAAGUCUUUGCUAGGCAGGUGCUAUAGGCCAUUGUUGCCUCUUGAGUUUAGGGCAACUAAACUAACCAAACCAGGAAAUAACAUGACCUUUUGUCUGAUUGAAAAGCCAAGGGGUGUAACCAUUAAGAUCUGAGUUUUUACGUUUUCUGCAAAAGACUGCCAUGGUCUAGAACAUGGCAGUCUUUUGCAAAAAACUUAAAAACGUGUCAAAUUCUAUUUAAAUCUGCACUUUUUCAAAAGUGAAAAUAUAUGACACACUUUUCAAAUAACGCUUUUCACCAAGCUAAAGUGCAUUAGUGGUCAGGAGUGUCCCUUUAUUAUUGUUACAUCAGAUCUUUUGAGCACUUUGAGGUAUGUUCAGCAAACACAGUUCAUUAAGUUCAUCUUUAACUACAACAAUGGUCAUGCCAAGUCCUACUGAAGUGAUUGAAAGUGAAUAUCUCUUGAACAUUUCAAUAUUGUUUGAAAUUUGGACCCUACUGUCCAGUCAACGGUUGUGAUCUUACUUCACCUGCAUCCUUUAGUAAGAAUUCAGCACUCCAAAAUGAUUUAUGUGGCCUGAGCUGUACCCAGAACUUUCCAAUCCGAGGAGAUACAGGGAGUUAUCUGGGCAACAUAUAAUUUCAAAGCAUGACCUACCUCACGCAUUAUUAAAUAAUUAAAUGCAAAUGUCUUGUAUUUGAACGGUCUUUACUGCUCAAAAUGUUUUGGGUCUUAUACAAUAUAUAAUGUAGAACCAUUGUUACCCACUCAUAUUGUACAGAACAACUGAAUAUACUGGCACUUUAUAAAUAAUAUUAAGCACGUGUUAUUUUCAUCUUGUCUACAUAUAGAAACCCCUAGGACUGCAAAACAAGCUUGUUAGAAUGUGUGCAGUUCAGUAAUGUAUUUAAACCCAUAUAGCUGCCACUAAUUGCAUUGUUGGCACCCAAAAAGGCAUGCCACUAGAAAACACAAAUGAUCCAUGUGAAAUCUUUCAUAGAACCUUCUGUUGUCCAAAAGAUGACAUUGUGUUAUAAUAUAUCCCUUUGGAAUGUUUGAGGAAAUUAGCACCACAGAGAACAACCCCUUCACUGACUAUUGGAAUGUGGCUAGCUUGAAUGAUUCAGCCGAGGUAGACUAGAAUAUACGUUUGCAAAUACCAUCCAUAGUUUAGUAAGACCUAUGUACAUUCCAUGAUAUUCACACACUGAUAAAACAGAACAAUCCCAGUGUUUUGAUGAUUUUUCAUUUAUUGCCCUGGGGUUAGACAGCGACCCCGGAACCACUAAUUUUUUUUGGCCCCAUAAUCCAUCCCUAUGUGAUUAUGAAAUGGGGGCCCAAACCAAAAAACCUGCCUUGGAUUCCAUGGGGCCUUAAUUGCUCUCUGAACAUUCCCUAUUGUAAGACUGUUGUGUAUGUUUUAUUUAACCCCUUAAGGACCAAACUUCUGGAAUAAAAGGGAAUCAUGACAUGUCAUACAUGUCAUGUGUCCUUAAGGGGUUAAAAAACAGGUCAUUUUGAUGUAGUUUACAUCCAGGGUUGCAGCUGAACUGAAAAAUAUAGCUUACUACGUUUUCCAAACUGAUUGUGUUGUUCUAAGUGAAAAAAAAAAAAUCAAUUUUACUUUCUGACAAUUAACAAUUUAGUGAAAAACCUUGUAUUUUUUGUAGUAGUGCAUAAAGCUAUCUAAUUAUCACAGUCUGCAGGUACACCAAAAGUCUAUUUUAUUGCAUUGUGGUAACAGAAUAGCUAGAGAAGUGAUAAGGAUGCUUCUUGGCAGCAUCAAACUAUUUACCCAAACCUUGUUUUUUGAACAUUAUUUAACAUAUAAAUCCUGUCUUCAAUUAUUUUGCACUGUGGCAUUGUGAUCAAUCUGUGCCACCAUGCAACUCAAACACAUCAUCUUCUCCUUAUCAUGUGAGAAUUCUGUGUGCAAAUCAGCACAGCUUAUGUUCUGAUUGACUGCUGCUGUUGAUCAUAUGUGAUUAUCAGCAAUUUCUUUAAUAUUUUGUAAUUGAUAACUUUCUUAGGUUGUAAGAGGGUUAAACACUGUGAUGAAAUGUCCAGAUGGCCACCUCCACAUUGAGAAAAAAAAUGUUGUAUCUUCAUAUGGUUAUUACAACUAUGGUUGCUAUAGUCUGGGUACAUGCAAAUAAUAUAAAAACUCUUUUCAGAAUAUUUUUAAAUUUGUUUACCCACUUCAAUAUGGAUACUAAAAUAAUUUCCACUGAUGAUAAAGGAACACUAUAAGCUCCGGAACAAAAACUAUUUCUGACCCUAUAGUUUUAAAAACACCAUAUACCCCCUCCCCCACUUGCCCCCCUAAAUAGAGUAAAAUGUAGCAUGUAUUCCAGUCUGCUGGUACUGGUUCUGCCUCUGAUCUGCCUCCUUGGCUGACAUUGUCAGAAGUGAUGACCCAUGAGCCAAUCACAAUAGUAUCCCAUAGGAAAAAAGUGGGUUGGCUGAGAUUGCUAAGGAGGUAGGCCAGGAACAGAGCCAAACAUCACCCUGGCCAAUCAGCAUCUCCUCACAGAGAUGCAUUGAAUCAGUGCAUCUCUAUGAGGAAAGCUCAGUGUCUCAAUGCAGAGGGUGGAGACACGGAAUGGCAGUGCUGCACAGUGUGCAGCACUGCCCCAGAAAGCACCUCUAGCAGCCAUCUGAGGAGUAGCCACUGGAUUUUUCCCUAGGCUGUAAUGUAAACACUGCUUUUUCUCUGAAAAGACAGUGGUUGCAAUAAAAAGCCUGAAGGGAAUGACUAUACUCACCAGAACAGUUACAUUAAGCUGUAGUUGAACUCACUGUUGUGUAUUAUUACCGUAUCUUAUGUUGGCACUUUAUAAAUAAUAUCAUUUGGUCCUGCUGCCUACUAACAAACUGCAAAGCUAAGUUCAUGUAAUCUUAAUUAGUUAUAUUUUUUUUUAUCUUUCAAGGAAAAAGCCCAUGUAUAAUAAUGUUUACCACAGUGAAAUAAAAUAAUGUGCUUAAUCCAUCUCCUUUCUAGGCACUUAUAUAAAUGUCUAGAAUGAGCUUUGACAGGGAUAAAUUGAGAGCCUUAUGCAAAAAUGAAAUAAACAGAGAAGUAGAUAAUGCUGCAUUUCUUAGAACAUUUAUAAAUUGUUUAUAAAAUGGUAUGAUAUAUGACUAUGGAUGCCUUCAUUUGUUUUAACUAUGGAGACCCAAUAAUAAAAUUACCUCAUUGGAAAAAAAUAUGUAUUCUAGUAGUGUGGAAAUAGGAGAGUCUGGUUGGAUACAUUAAUAAACGAUGUAACGAUCUGUUUUGUUGCUGUAGAAGCUUCGUGGUGACACCACCACUGAGUCUUUGGGUUUCAUCUUAUUUAUUACCUAAGCAGUGCUAGUCUUCCAUGCAGAGUAAACAGAGGGGUCCAAUUCAGAGAGUGUUUUCUAUUCCCACCUGUUUUGAAUUGGAUCAAGACAUUCCGAGAAUGUUAGGUCCAGAGACAUGUACUGCAUUGUGACUGCAAUUAGGCUCUGUGUGGCACAGUUCUGAGUCCUUUAGAUACCUGUAAAUACAUGUAUAGAUUAUUUAUUUAUACAAUAUUUUACCAGGAAGGAUACAUUGAGAUUUCUCUAAUUUUAAAGUAUGUUCUGGGCCCACACACUGCAUUGUUACAAUAGGGUACAAUAUAAUAUUACACACACA